UUCCCAGCCUUGCCUCGGGUGUAGGGAUUGCAAGGAGAAAAGCAAAACUACACGGUCUAAACCCUGUGUAGUUUUGUUUUUGGGGAUCAUUUUGAGGUUCAACUGUUCUCACCUUGGAUAUUCUGCAAACUUACUGGAUAAGAGGAUUGUUGCUGAGACAGAAGCAUUCUGGGCACAGUCCCAUCAGUUACAGGCACCUUUGUAAUCCAAGGUGCCUACCACAAUGUCUACACAGGCGCCAACUUUUACACAGCCGCUUCAGAGCGUUGUUGCACUUGAGGGUAGUGCUGCAACGUUCGAAGCUCAAGUUAGUGGUAAUCCAGUUCCUGAGGUGAGCUGGUUUCGUGAUGGCCAGGUUCUUACUGCUGCCGCUCUGCCCGGCGCUCAGAUCUCGUUCAGCGAAGGCCGCGCUGUUCUGAGAAUCCCCGCCGUGACAGCCGCACACAGUGGAAGAUUUUCUGUCAGAGCCACCAAUGGCGCUGGACAAGCCACUAGCACCGCUGAACUUCUGGUUACAGCGGAAACUGCGCCACCGACAUUUAUUCAGAGACUACAAAGCAUGACCGUGAGACAAGGAAGCCAAGUGAGACUUGAUGUCCGUGUAACAGGAAUCCCUACACCUGUGGUGAAGUUCUACAGAGAGGGAGCUGAGAUUCAGAGCUCCGCCGACUUUCAGAUUGUUCAAGAUGGAGACCUUUACAGUCUGUUGAUUGCUGAAGCUUUCCCUGAAGACUCUGGAACCUACUCAGUUAGUGCCUCCAACAGCAGUGGACGUGCCACUUCAACAGCCGAACUGCUGGUUCAGGGUGAAGAGCUUGCAGUGCCUGCUAAGAAGACCAAGACAGCUGUUUCAACCUCUUUGAUGUCACAGACUCAAACCAGAGUGGAAAAAAAAAUGCAAGCCCACUUCGAGACUUCAGCCCUGACUGAGAUGCAAAUUGAGGGAGGUGUCGAGGCUCAGCUUUUGGCUCACAAAACACCUCCUCGAGUACCUGUAAAACUAACCUCCAUGUCCCCGACACCAGCCUCUGUGUCAAAGGUGUCAGUUACCCGCCACCAGUCACCCUCCCCUGUGAGACAUGUUAAGGGUCCCACUUCAACACCUGUGAGGCCUGUAUCCCCAACUUCAAGAAUGUCUGUGUCUCCGAUCAGACCAGUAAAGUCUCCAAUAACUACAUGCAAAUAUGUCUCUCAGGCUACUGAUGUGUUGCCUCCAUGGAAGCAGGAAGGCUAUGUAGCAGAGUCUAGCUACACUACUCUGGCUCAGGGGUCCACAUAUAUGCAGACCUCUUCCUCACAUGUCCAUAAGGAACAAUGGGAGGGCUCGUUUGCCAUGCAGCAACAGAUCAGUGGUGCUGUUGUUAGAGAGGCUGUGGAAGCUGCAAUGAUCCCUUUGCAUACAGAGGUGCAAAUGAUGCCACCAACAAUCGUGGCUGGCUUGAAGAACAUGACUGUUAUCGAGGGAGAAUCUGUGACUCUGGAGUGCCAGAUCUCAGGUCACCCCACACCAGGCAUCAUGUGGUUCAGAGAGGACUACAGGAUUGAGAGCUCCAUUGAUUUCCAGAUCACAUAUGAGCAAGGAUACGCUCGUUUAGUGAUCCGUGAAGCCUUUGCUGAAGAUAGUGGACGUUUUACUUGCACAGCUACCAACGAAGCUGGAACUAUCAACACCUCGUGCUACCUGCUUGUGCAAGUAUCUGAGGAAAUUGAGAGCAGGGAGGAUUUCACUGGUGUUUAUGAACAUGUUGAAAGUUCUGGGCAAGAAAGACUCAUUACAACUGAAGCCAGAGAAGAGACCAUGUCAGAAGUGAGCACUGUAUCUCAAUCAGUGGAAACUGGCACAGGUGGCGCUCCUUUCUUUCUGAAAAAGCCCACAGUGCAGAAACUGGUGGAAGGUGGAAGUGUUGUCUUUGAAUGCCAGAUCGGAGGCAGCCCAAAACCCCACAUCUACUGGAAAAAGAGUGGCAUUCCACUUACCACUGGAUACAGAUACAGAGUGGCAUACAAUAAAGAAACAGGUCAAUGCAAACUGGAAAUCUCCAUGACCUUCUCGGAUGAUGCUGGAGAGUACACAGUCCUUGCCAGGAACCAACUCGGAGAGGCAUCAGCUUCAGCCGUGCUGCUUGACGAAGAGGCAUAUGAAGCUUACAUAAAGGAACAUGAAGUGACUUAUAAAACUGAAAUGACUACAACAGUAAUACAGGAACCCAAAGUUGCAGAAAUGGCACCUGAAUUUACAAGUGAAAUUGAAAAAGAACAACUACUUAUCCAGAAGAGGAUGGCUCAGCGGGCACAAAUGAUGCAGUCUUUCACCUCUGAGCAGGAGUUUCAGUUAUCUGCUUUUGAGCAAAGGAUCAUCUAUGAAAUUGAGUUCCAUCUUCUUAAGAUAACCUACCAGCAGCUGGUAGCUGAAGAUGGGGAGCAGAUGGAUAUAAGCAUUUCUGAGCAUGAGAGCAUCUCGCCAGUCUUCAGCAUCCCUGUGAAGAAUUACAGUAUCAGGGAAGGAAUGAGUGCUACGAUGCACUUUAAAAUGACCGGAGCUCCACUUCCCAAGAUUGCAUGGUAUAAAGACGGCAAACGCAUAAGACAUGGAGACCAUUAUCAAGUGGAGGUUCUUAAAGAUGGCAGAGCCAGUCUACGUCUUCCAAUGGUGCUACCAGAGGACGAGGGCGUCUAUACUGCUUUGAUCAGCAACAUUAAGGGAAAUGCUGUCAGCUCUGGCAAGCUCUAUGUGGAACCAACUACUACACAGCAACGGUACCCUCAACCAGGGAUAGUUCAGAGAAUGAGGUCCACAUCACCACGUUCAACAAGUCGCUCUCCUGGACGCUCACCUGCCCGCAGGCUGGACGACACUGAUGAAGCCCAGCUGGAAAGACUUUAUAAGCCUGUAUUUGUCACAAAGCCAUCAUCCUUUAAGUGCUCUGAGGGACAAACUGCAAGAUUUGAUUUAAAGGUUGUUGGAAGACCCAUGCCUGAAACAUAUUGGUUCCAUAAUGGAAAACAAGUGGUGAAUGACUACACCCACAAAAUUGUGGUAAAGGAAGAUGGAACUCAGUCACUGAUUGUGGUUCCUGCUAUGCCUCAUGACUCUGGAGAGUGGACCGUUGUUGCUCAAAACCGAGCUGGCAAAACUUCAGUUUCAAUGACUCUUACUGUAGAAGCUAAAGAAAACUUGGUGAGACCACAGUUUCUUGAAAAACUGAAGAAUGUCAGUGUUAAAGAAGGCAGUUUGGUUGAGCUGGCUGUUAAAGCAAUUGGCGCCCCUAUUCCUGACAUUGUCUGGCUAAAGAACAGUGAUAUUAUCUCCCCACACAAGCACCCAAACAUCAAAAUUGAGGGUGGCAAGGGAGAGGCUUGUUUCAAGAUCGCUCAGAGUUGUGGCUCUGAUAGUGCAUGGUACACUGCCACAGCUAUCAACAAAGCUGGCCGGGAUACUACACGCUGCAAAAUCAAUGUUGAAGUGGAGGCAAUGGGACCUCAGCCGGAGAGAAGGCUUAUCAUUCCCAAGGGAACUUACAAGACUAAAGAAAUCGCUGCACCAGAGUUGGAGCCACUGCAUCUCCGCUAUGGUCAAGAACAGUGGGAAGAGGGUGAUCUUUAUGACAAGGAAAAACAGCAGAAGCCCCAGUUUAAAAAGAAAUUGACAUCUGUUAGACUUAAGCAGUUUGGCCCUGCACAUUUUGAAUGCAGACUCACCCCUAUUGGUGAUCCUACCAUGGUUGUUGAGUGGUUGCAUGACGGUAAGCCCCUGGCUGCUGCUAACAGGCUACGAAUGGUCAAUGAGUUUGGUUAUUGUAGUCUUGACUAUGAAGCUGCUUAUGCAAGAGACAGUGGUGUCAUCACUUGCAGAGCCACCAACAAAUUUGGUGUUGACCAGACCUCUGCCACCUUGAUUGUAAAAGAUGAGAAGGGCCUCGUUGAGGAAAGUCAGCUACCUGAGGGUAGGAGGGGACAGAGAAUAGAGGAAAUUGAGCGCAUUGCUCAUGAAGGAGGUCCUACUGGAGUAACUGGUGAUGACUUUACAGAGAAAACUAAGCCAGAGAUCGUCUUGCUUCCUGAGCCUAUCAGGGUACUGGAGGGGGAAACUGCAAAAUUCCGUUGUAGAGUGACUGGAUACCCAACCCCAAAAGUCAACUGGUACCUAAAUGGGCAGCUUAUUCGUAAGAGCAAAAGAUACAGACUACAGUAUGAUGGCAUUCAUUAUCUGGAGAUUGUGGAUAGCAAAUCGUAUGAUUCUGGUGAUGUCAAGGUUGUGGCAGAGAACCCAGAGGGCUCAGUUGAACAUGUUGUAAAGUUUGAGAUUAAGCAGAGGGAAGACUUUAGAACAGUUCUGCGUCGUGCCCCAGAGAUAAAACCUGUUGCACCUUCUCAAGAACAUGGCAGAGUGUCGUUUGAGGUUAUUAAACCUGAAAAAUUAUCAGAAGUUUCAAAAGAGGCCAAAGAGGUGGUGAAGCUGAGAAAAACUGAGAGGGUCGUCCAUGAGAAAUCAACAGAGGAAUCUGAAGAGCUUAAAAGCAAAUUUAAACGCAGGACCCAGGAAGGCUACUAUGAAGCAAUUACAGCAGUUGAACUUAAAUCCCGUAAGAAAGAUGAGUCCUAUGAAGACAUGCUUAGAAAAAGAAAAGAAGAACUCCUUCAUCAUACAAAAGAAAUUGCUGAAGCAGAGAAGAGAAGGGAAGAAGAAGAACGUAAACUUACCAUUCCCAAAAUCAAACCUGAAAAGAUUGUCCUUUCACCUAGUAUGGAGGCUCCAAAAAUUCUGGAACGCAUUACAAGCCAGACAGUUGCCCAAGGUGAAGAAGUACACUUCCGUUGCAGAGUUACUGGAAAACCAGAUCCAGAAUGCCAAUGGUUUAAGAAUGGAAUUUUACUGGAAAAAUCUGACCGCAUUUACUGGUACUGGCCUGAGGACCACGUUUGUGAACUGGUCAUUAGAGAUGUCUCCAGUGAAGAUUCAGCUAGCAUUAUGAUCAAAGCCAUGAACAUUGCAGGGGAGACCUCAAGCCAUGCAUUUUUACUUGUUCAGGCAAAGCAAGUUGUGUUCUUUAGUCAAUUACUAGAAGAUCAAAAUGCCAAAGAGAAGGACACCAUGGUCACUUUUGAAUGUGAGACCAAUGAGCCAUUUGUUAAGGUGAAAUGGCAAAAAAACAACGCAGAGAUUUUCUCUGGGGACAAGUACAGAAUGCACUCUGACAGAAAGGUACAUUUCCUGUCUGUACUUACUAUCAGCAUGAGUGAUGAGGCGGGAUACAGCUGUAUUGUUGCAGAUGAUGACCACAUUAAAACAACAGCAAAACUUCAUGUUGAAGGUGCACCACUUGAAAUUUUGAAGAACCUUGAAAGUACAGAAGUACCAGAGACUUAUUCUGGGGAGUUUGAGUGUGAAGUGUCUCGUGAGGAUGCUGAAGGCACCUGGUACUUUGAGAACAAAGAGCUCAGCCAGAGCCUCAAAUACGUUAUGUCCUCUCGUCGUGGUCGCCACACCUUAUGCGUGAAGGACGUGAAGAAAGAAGACCAGGGCAAAUACACUUUUAAAGUUGGCGAUCUAAAGACAAGUGCUUCCCUGAAGAUGAAAUUGCGCCCCGUUACACUGAUGCAAGGCCUUUCUGACAUAACAAUCUGUGAGGGUGAUAUUGCUCAACUGGAGGUGCGAUUCUCACAGGAAAAUGUGGAGGGAACUUGGAUGAAGGGUGGUCAGGCCAUAACUGCCACAGACAGAGUUCACAUUGUGAUUGACAAGCUGACACAUAAGCUGCUCAUCGAAGAUGCUAAUAAGGAUGAUGCUGGAGUGUACUCCUUCAUUGUUCCCAUCCAAGAUAUUUCCACAACUGGCAAACUUUUUGUUCAAACUAUUGACUUCCUGACACCAUUAAAGGAUAUCUCUUCAGUAGAGGGUACAAAGUCUGUCUUUGAGGCCAAAAUUACUGCUGCUGAUGUCAGCUCAGUAAAAUGGUAUCGUAACGACAAACAGGUGAUUCCCAGUGAGAGAGUCCAAAUGGUUGCAAAGGGAUCCAAACAACGUCUUGUAUUGAACAGGACCUUUGCUUCUGAUGAAGGACAGUAUAAGAUGGUUGUCGGUCGAGUUGAAUCAACCUGUUCACUGACAGUUCAAAAAAUCAGCAUUAUAAAGCACAUGGAAGACUGUGUUUGUACCGAGACACAGAAUGUCACUUUUGAAGUUGAGAUAUCACACCCUGGCAUUGAUGCUCUAUGGACUUUUAAGGGGCAACCUCUUAAAACUGGUCCCAAAUACAAGAUUGAGUCCAAGGGCACAAAGUAUAGCCUCACUGUCCUUAAUACAAUGAAGGAUGAGGAGGGAGAGUACAUUUUUGCUGCUGGAGAAAAGACAUCUAGUGCAAAACUUGUUGUUUCAGGUGGUGCUAUUAGCAGGCCACUGACUGAUUUAACAGUAGCAGAGUCCCAGACAGCUGUGCUCGAGUGUGAAGUCGCCAACCCCUCAACAGAGGGCACGUGGAUUCUGAACGGACAUCCUGUGAAUUUCAAUGACAAUGUCAGGACCGAACAGGAAGGUGCUGUACGGCGCCUGAUUAUUGAAAUCACCAGACCACAGGAUAUUGGAGAGUACACCUACCAGGUGGCAAAUUCCAAGACAUCUGCCAACUUAAAAGUUGAAGCUGUUAAGAUCAAAAAGACCAUGAAGAACCAAACUGUCACUGAGACUCAAGAGGCAGUGUUCAGUCUAGAACUCACUCAUUUAGAUGUAAAAGGAUCACAGUGGAUCAAAAACGGAGUGGAAAUUAUUCCAAGUGAGAAAUAUGAAAUCACAGUAGAUGGCAUGGUUCACACCCUGAAGAUCAAAGAUUGCACCACUCAUGAUGAAUCAGUGUACGGAUUUAAACUCGGAAAGCUCUCUGCUAAUUCACGACUGAAUGUUGAGGCUAUUAAAAUUGUGAAGAAGCCCAAGGACGUGACAUCACUGAUAAACGGCACUGCCUCUUUUGAGUUGAGCCUAUCACAUGACAAUAUUCCAGUUAAAUGGAUGUUCAAGAACCAGGAACUGACGUCAAGCUCAAAUAUUAAGAUCCUUUCUGAAAAGAAAGCCCACAAGCUGGUUAUUCAGAGUGUUGAAGAAAAUAUGGCAGGAGAAUACACUGCAGUUGUAGGACAUAUACAGUGUGGUGCACAUUUACAUGUGGAAUCCUUGAAGGUUACAAAGCCCAUGAAGAACAUUGAGAUCCCAGAGACCCAGGUGGCCACAUUCGAAUGUGAAGUUUCACAUUUUAAUAUUCCUUCCAUCUGGCUGAAGAAUGGAGUUGAGAUUGAGAUGAGCGAAAAGUUCGGAAUUGUGGUGCAGGGCAAGCUUCAUCAGCUAAAGAUCAUGAACACCAGCAGAGAUGAUGCAGCGGAGUACACAUUUGUGUGUGGAAACGACAGAGUCUCGGCUACACUGACUGUUAAUCCCAUUCAGAUCACCUCCAUGCUUAAAGAUCUCAAUGCUCAGGAGAAGGACACGAUUACAUUUGAAGUGACAGUAAAUUACGAGGGCAUCACCUACAAAUGGCUGAAGAACGGCAUCGAGAUUAGAUCCACUGAAAGAUGCCAGACUCGUUCUAAACAGUUCACACACACUCUCACCAUCCGCAACGUGCACUUCGGUGAUAGUGCAGAUUACAAGUUUGUGGCUGGAUCUGCUGAGACAUCAGCCAAGCUUUUUGUUGAGGCUCGUGUCAUUGAGUUUACAAAACACGUCAAGGACAUCAAGGUGACCGAGAAGAAAAAGGCCGUAUUUGAAUGUGAGAUCUCUGAGCCCAAUGUUCAAGUGACAUGGAUGAAAGAUGGACAGGAAUUUGAGUUGUCUGACAGGUUUAAAGCUACCACCGAAAAACACAUGCAGCGCUUAAUAAUCCAGAGUGUCCGCAUGUCUGAUGCUGGCGAGUACUCUGUGGUUGCUGGCUCCAGUGUUUCCAAGGCCCACCUCACAGUGGAGGGCAAGGACGUUCACAUCUCUGAGCCAGUAGCGAAGCAAAUCACUGUGGUUGAGAAGCAAAAAGCUACAUUUGAAUUUGAAGUCAGUGAGGAUGAAAUAGAAGGUCGCUGGCUGAAAAAUGGCACUGAAAUCCAAUUCUCUCUUGAGAAGCGUUUUAGCUAUGUGACUGUUAGAAAGGUGCAUCGCUUGAUGAUUGCUGAAACGUUUAAGAGUGAUGCUGGGGAAUACACCUUCAUUGCAGGGAAGAACAGCCGUUCAGUGACUCUACAGGUCAACAUCCCUGAGCCUCCUCAGAUUGCCAAGCACAUGGAGCCUUUGUCUGUUGAGGCUGGAAAACCUGCUUGCUUCUCAGUGGAAGUGACUGGCAUCCCUCAGCCACAGGUCUCCUGGUACAAGAACUCUCAGGCCUUAUCAGCUGGAUUCAAGUGCAAGUUUAUGAGAGAUGAAAACAAGUACAGUCUACUGCUCAUUGAGGUUUUCCCAGAAGAUGCAGCACAGUACACUUGUGAGGCGAAAAAUGACUAUGGACAGGCCACCAGCUCAGCUUCACUGAAUGUGGAAGUUUCAGAAGUGGUUUCUCCAGAUGUUGGUGUACCACUGUCCCCGCCAAUGCUGGAAUCUUCUAUUCAUGACAUACUUGUUGAAGAGGGAGAGUCUGCCAGAUUUCAGUGCCAUGUCUCUGGAGAGGAUCUGAACAUUACUUGGUACUGGAAAGAUAAGGAAAUUAAGCAGUCGGACAACUUCAGAACGUCACAGUACGAUGAUAGCUGCUAUCUGGAGAUUAUCAGAGCAUAUGCCGAGCAUGAGGGAGAAUACUCCUGUGUUGCUCGCAAUUCCGCUGGGACCGUCUCUUGUUCAGCGGUUUUGAAAGUCAAUGUACCCAAGGUGGAGGAAGAACCCGUACAUGUGGAAAAAGCCACAGCUCCACCUGUAAUCAAGAGGAAAAUCCAAGACCUGACAGCCAUAGUCGGUACCGCUGCAAAGUUCGAAUGUGAAGCUGAAGAUGCUCCCAAUAUGACCUUCAAAUGGUUCAAGUCUGGUUCUGAGAUCAAACAAAGUGAAAAGUACAGGAUCAUCAGCCACCAUACCUCGUCAUCUCUGGAGCUCCUAAAUUCAAACAGAGCUGACAGUGGAGAGUAUACCUGCCGUGUUUCCAACCAGCAUGGCUCUGACAGCUGCUCUGCUAACUUGAUCAUCACUGAACCUUCCGUCAGAAAAGAGUUACAAAUGCUGGAUAUAGAAAAGGGGCCCAGUCCUCUCUUUCCAUGUGAGGUUUUUGGUACUGCCCCAUUUGGAGUUACCUGGCUUAAUAGCAUAGCACCAGUUUUGGAUAAAAAACACAAACUUGUCUUUGAAAAUUCACUUGAACGUUUGGAGAUACAUUCAUUUGAAAGAUUGGGUGUUGAUGAAUACCCAUAUUUUUUAAAUAAAAUUGGACAGAUCCCUUCAAAAUCAGUUGCUGAGUUGGAAGAACGUCCAUGCUUUGUGAAGCAGUUGACGGACACGGUUUUCCCAAUUAGCAACAAACUGAAGCUUGAGUGCACUUUUACCGGAUCUCCAAAGAUGUUUGUAACAUGGUACAAAGAUGGAAAGCAGCUGUAUGCCUCAUAUAGAUAUAACACAAGAGUGACUGAUAACUCCUGUGUCCUGGAGUGCCUACAUGAGUGUAACAAAGACACUCCAGGAAAAUAUUCUUGUGAGGUCUCAAAUCCCUUUGGAACUGAAAUCUGUCAUGCCAAUGUGACAACAGUGGCAGAACGUAAAAUCCCACCAACGUUUACUAAAAGGUUCCCAGAGCAAGUUACUGACACUGAGGGCAAAUCACUGAAGCUGGAGGGUCGUGUGUCAGGAACACAGCCGCUGUCCGUCAGCUGGUACAAAGACAACCAAGAAAUGAUCAGUUCUGAGAAUUCGGAAAUUACCUUUAAGAGCAACGUGGCUCUGCUAUGUAUUAAGAACUCCCGAAUCUCAGACAGUGGCACAUAUACCUGCACUGCCUCUAAUGAAGCUGGUACUGCUUCUUGUGAGGUGGUUGUUAGCAUUCAAGGACAACACAUGCCACCAACAUUUGAUGUGCCCCUCAAGCCUGUGGCACUGAAUGACGGUCAGAGACUUAGCCUUAGUUGCCAUAUCAGCGGUUCUCCACCACUGUCAGUUCAAUGGAUGAAAGACAGAAAAGAAGUGGUGGCCUCUGCCAGCUGCAAGAUGUCAUUUGUGGAUGGCACUGCCACACUGACAGUUGACCAGACAUCGAAAGCUGAUGCUGGAGAUUAUCUAUGCAAUGCCACCAACAAUGCUGGUAGUGAUUUCUCCAAGGUCAAGGUCACAAUUAAAGAAAAAGCAGGAGCUGCUCCUGCACCAGCUCAAGCAGAACCUGUAGCAACCCAGCCAGCUAAAAAACUGGACAACUUGUUCUUCAUUGAACAGCCCAAGAGUGUUCGCAUCUCAGAGAAGGGCACUGCGACCUUCAUCGCUAAGGUUGGUGGUGAUCCCAUUCCCAGUGUAAAAUGGAUGAAGGGCAAGUGGAGGCAGAUGAAUCAUGGUGGACGAAUCACUAUUGUGCAGAAGGGUCAAGACGCCAAAAUGGAGAUCAAAGACACAACCAAAUCCGACUCUGGCCAAUACAGAUGUGUCGCAUCUAACAAACACGGAGAAAUCGAAUGCAGCACUGAGCUGAAUGUUGAGGAGAAGAAAGAGAUUACACCUGAAACUGUAACACUGAAGAAGACCCCAUCUAAACAGCAAAGCCCUAAAGAGGAAGCAGAGAUUGACAUUGUUGAGCUGCUCCGAAAUGUAGAUCCGAAAGAAUAUGAGAAGUAUGCUCGCAUGUACGGCAUCACAGACUACCGUGGUCUUCUUCAGGCUAUUGAGCAGCUGAAGAGGGAGAAGGGUGAAGCAAGUGAAAGACCGGAACAUGAACGUAGCAGAGAAUCUGAUGAAGAUCUGGCUAAGCUUGUGGCCGAUUUGCAAAGAAGAAUGGAACAAACUGAACCCGUUGCGGUGGUUAGUGACAUCAAAAAUCAAACUGUCCAAGUAAAUAAUGAGGCAGUGUUUGAGUGUUAUAUUCAGAUAAACUACCCAGAAAUCACACUGUCCUGGUACAAAGACACACAGAAGCUUGAGAACAGCAGCAAAUAUGAGAUUAAAGUGGAGGGCGAACACCACUCGCUGAAGAUUAAGAACGUCCAGACGAGCGACCAGGGAAAUUACCGUGUUGUUUGUGGCCCACACAUCUCCAGCGCCACAUUGUUCGUUGCAGCUGAUCAAAUUCAGUUCACUAAGUGCAUUCAGAACAUUGUGGUCAAAGAACGACAGACUGCAACCUUUGAGUGUGAGCUCUCCUUUGACAAUGCAGUCGUCACAUGGUAUAAAAACUCUUGGGAGCUUAAGGAGAGUCCAAAAUAUACCUUCAGAAGUGAAGGACGACGUCAUUUUAUGAUCAUUCGUAACGUCAACUCUGAGGAUGAAGGCGUAUACUCAGUGAUUGCACGACUGGAGCCCAUCGGCGAAGCUAAGAGUACAGCUGAGCUUUAUCUGUCAGGCAAAGAAAUUGAUGUAGGAACAAUUUCUUAUGAUAUUUCUGCCACACCAAUACAAGUGCCAGAGACUCCAUCCAUUAUUAGCUUUAAAGAAGAGAAAGAAGAAUAUCAUUAUGAAGAAAAGACUGAAGUAUCAGCGUAUCAGAGUUGGAAAGUCCAAGAGACACGAGUAACUCAUGAAUUCUCAUCAACUCAAGAACCAAAGAAGCCUGUAGAAGAAGUUGUUCCCAAAUAUGUAGUGGAAAAGACAGAAGAGAAGCCUCAAACAGUACUCGAGGUUUCCAUAAAACCAGAGGAGAAACCUGAAACUUUUGUACAGAAAACAUCAGUGCCUGCUAAAGAACCGGAAGUGCAGAAGAUCGUUGAGGAAAAGGUUUCUCCAGUAAAGGUGGCCGAGCCAAAAGAACAGCCUAAACCUAAAGAUGUCCCAACACCUUCAGUUCCUGAGGUGCACAAGCCAAAAGCUCAGGUAACAUCUGAGCCUAAAGAGGUACCAGUUGCUGUACCCCAGCCAGAGCCUAAACCUGAGCCCAAACCAGAGGCCAAACCUGAAAUAAAGACUCAACCAAAAGCUACACCAAGGCCAGAGCAAAGUGCAGAGCUGAAGCCUGAACCUAAGUCAGAACCUAAGCUUUCUGUUACAACAAAACCCGAGCCCACACCAAUCAAAGAACCAGAAGCUCCAAAGAAGCCAGAAGCUGCUCCACAAGUUAGCAAACAUGAAGAGGUUACACCUCAAAAACCAGCCAUGACUCCAUCAAAAGCUCCUGAAAAGAUGAAAACAACAGAACCAGCUAAAUUAGAAAUGGGGGCACCAGUAGUUGCCCCCGAACCUCCGAAGGUGACAAAACCUAAGCAGGAAUUGCCAGCAGCACUGAAGGCUGAACCAGCUAGACAACAGGAGCCUACAAGAAAACCAGAGGCUGUGCCUGUUUUGUCUGAAAUGCCCAAGCCAGAGCUUAAACCAGCCUCCAAGGAGCUGGCUGAAGUACAAUUGGUUAAAAAGGCCACACCGGUGCCUGCUGAGGUUCCAAAAACAGAACCAAGUAGAAAGCCAGAGUUAAAGCCUGCUGUUGCUCCCACAGUAGCUCCAAAAGUAGAAACAAUUACAAAAGCGGAGCUAAUGCCCAGUCCCCAAGGGCAAGAAAUGACAAAGCCUGAACCCAUUCAGCAGAAAGAACCAACAACUACUCAAAGGAAGACUCCUCCAAAGAAAGUGGUUGAACUUAAAUCUGAAGAUGUGUCACCUGAGAUACCAAUUGUGGCUAAACCUCAAAAGGAAGUGGAAAUGGCUCCAACGAGAGUCUUUGCAGCUUCAACAAAGGUCGAACAAAUUCAACAUUCAGUGAAAUUAUCUGAGAAAGUUGAGGAGAUUUUAUUGGUUGAGGAACAUAUUUCAAGAGAAACAAUUUCACAUGAGAUUGAAAAUAUCACUUCAAUGAAAGUGACUGAAACCAAACCUGAGAUUAAAGUUCCAUCUGAGAAAGAACUAGUGAGAAAACCUCAAACAGAGAUGGAGGCUGCUCCUCCCAGAGUCUUAAUGACUUCUAAGGAAGUUGGGCCAACUCAACAUAAAGUGGAAGUGAUUAAGAAAAAAGAGGAAAUUUCUGUGAUAGAGGAAAAAGUGCAUAUAAGCGAGGGCCCAUAUCAGCCUGAGGACAGUUCUUUAAAAGUGUCUAAAGUUCAAACACAAGAAAAGCUACCUGACAAAAAACCUGCAGCUAAACCUCCAAAAGAGGUGGAAAAGGCUCCAACUAAAGUCUUAUCAGCUCAUGAGAGAACUGAGCAAACUCAACAUACAGUGGAACUGUCUAAGAAAAAAGAGGUGAUUUCUGUGAAAAAAGAAAUAGUCCAUAAAACUGCAGACAUUGUCAGUAAGCCUGAAGACGGUUUGUUAAAAAACACUGAGGUUGAAACCCAAGAAAUGCUACCAGUUAAAAAACCUGCAGCUGAACCCCAAAAGGAGGUGAAAGUAACUCCCACCAAAGACGUAUCAGCUCCUAAAGGAGUUGGACAAACUCAACAUACAGUGGAACAAUCUAAGAAAAAAGAUGAGAUUUUAAUGAAAAAAGAAAUUGUGCAUAAAACUGAGGACAUCACCUAUCAUGCUGAAGACAGUUCAGUGAGAGUGUCCGAAGUUAAAACACAAGAAAAGAAAUCUACAGCUCAACCUCAAAAGAAGGUGGAAAUGACUCCCACCAAAGUUUUAUCAACGUCUAAAGAAGUUGAGAAAAUUGAAGUUACAGUGGAACAAUCUAAGAAAAAAGAUGAGAUUUUAAUUAAAAAAGAAAUUGUGCAUAAAACUGAGGACAUCACCUAUCAAGCUGAAGUAAAAGUGCCUAAAGUUAAAACGCAAGAAAAACUACCUGAGAAGAAAUCUACAGCUGAACCUCAAAAGAAGGUGGAAAUGACUCCCACCAAAGUCUUAUCGGCGCCUAAGGAAGUUGAGCAAAUUGAUGUUACAGUGGAAAAAUCUAAGAAAAAAGAUGAGAUUUUAAUUAAAAAAGAAAUUGUGCAUAAAACUGAGGACAUCACCUAUCAAGCUGAAGUGAAAGUGCCUAAAGUUAAAACACAAGAAAAACUACCUGAGAAAAAAUCUACAGCUGAACCUCAAAAGAAGGUGGAAAUGACUCCCACCAAAGAGCCAACUGUGGAGAAGAAGCCAACACCUGAGGCACCAAAACCAGAGAAACAGAAAGUCUCCCCACCUAAAGAACCAACUGUGGACGUCAAGCCUACACCUGAAGCAACAAAGCCAACAGUGGCGCCACUUGAGCAAAAAGUCCUACCAACUAGAGAACCAACUGUGGAAAAAGCUACACCUGAGGCACCAAAGCCAACAGUUGCAGCACCGGAACAGAAAGUUUCUCCUCCUCAAGAACCACGUGUUGAAAAGAAACCAGUAAAAGAGCCAACAGUGGCACCACUUAAACAGAAAGUAUCUCCUCCACAAGAGCCAGCUGUGGAGAAGAAGCCAACACCUGUAGCACCAAAGCCUACAGGGGCGCCCACUGAACAAAAAGUAUCUCCUCCUCUAGAGCCAACUGUGGUAAAGAAACCUUCACCCAAGGAACCACUGCCAGAAGCAGCACCAAUUAAGCAAACCGUCUCUCCCCCUCAGGAUAAAGGUCCUGUUGAAACCCCUGGACCAGUCCAGAAAGAACCACCUAGCAGCAAACAAGCAUAUCUUAAACACACUGAGGAAAAGAAACAUGAUACUUUAAUCUUAGAGAAAGAAACCACAAGAGUCAAAGACCAAGACAGACAGCUUGAGGAAUCCUGGAUAAAAAAGAUUCAACAUGAGGAAAAAUCUUCAAAAGAAGAAUCUACAUUUAAGACAGUUGAAAAGGUUGAAUCCCUUGAGGAGAAAACAUACUCAGUUUCUGUUACUGAGGUUACAGCUACGAGUAGCUAUGAAAUAAAAGAUGUUCAAGAAGAGAAGAAGCUUAAAGAGAAAAAAGAUACUAAAGCUCUAGAUAAAGAUAAAAAGGCAGAGUUCAACAAGAUGCAAAAGGCAGAAAAACCUAAAACUCCUAGCAAAACUAUCAAAAAAGUGUCUAGUAUACCAUCAACAGAGAAGAAACAGGAAACUGUACAGCUAAAACCUACUGAGAAACCUGAGGAAGCUGUUGUUAUAAAGAAAAAAGUAACUACACCCAAAAAAGCUGAUGAAGCUUUGUUGCCUAAAUCUGGGGUUCAAACAGUCACCAGUGUUCCAGUAGAGAUUCAAGAGGUAGAAACAAAGCACAAACCUAAGGUUGAUCUGACUGCAGAAACAGCUCCUAAGGAACCAGAGAAGAAGACAUCAGUGGUGGAUAAAAGGCCAGACAAAGAGCUUGACAAAGCCAAAACUGAAAGAGAGAAAAAAGUAGUAGAGAAAAAAGAAGAAAUAUUAGUUAAACCUGUUAAACUUGUCAAAAAGGAACCGGAUGUGAAGAAAUCACUGUCGCCAAAGACUGAACCUAUUCCUGUGCAGAAAAAGCCAAGUACAACCGUUCCCAAAAAGGUUUCUCCUAAAGAGUCAAUCGAGUCUGUUACUCUGAAAAAGAUUCCAAAGAAAAUCUCCCCCCAAGAGGAGAAGUCAAAAGCAAAGCUACCAUUAACAAAGGAAUUGUCCCCAGGAGCAGUGAAGCUAGACAAAAUUCCCACUCACCAUGAAGAGGUAGUAGCUGAGAAAGAACCUGUGGCCCAGGAAGAAGAAGAAGAAACAUUGGGUUGGGAGCUUCCUUCUGAAGAAUAUGGAGCAGAGGAGACUGAUGCCUCCUUGGAGGAUGGAGCCAUUGAAACUCCAGGAGGCGUAGGUGACAAGAGAGACGGAAAACCAAAGGAAGAAGCAGCUGGAGGAGGUAGAGGCAGAGGCCUACGACCAAGGCAAACCCCAUCUCCUGGCGAUGCUGGACGUGGAAGAGGAUUGAAACCUGGUGGUGGAGGUGACAAGCCUCCAGGAGACUCACCAUUUGCUUUCCAGCUUAAGGCUGUGCCUCUGAAGUUUGUCAAAGAGCUCAAGGACAUCGUGUUGCAGGAGGCUGAAUCUAUCGGUUCCUCCGCUGUAUUUGAGUGCCAGAUCUCACCCUCUACUGCUAUAACUACAUGGAUGAUAGAUGGAAGUAACCUAAGAGAGAGUCCAAAGCACAAGUUUACAUCUGAUGGAAAGGACCGUAAACUGGCCAUCAUUGAUGUCCAGCUGUCUGACACCGGAGAGUACACAUGUGUUGCCAAGCUUGGAAAUAAAGAGAAGACGUCAACUGCAAAACUGAUUGUUGAAGAGUUGCCUGUUAAAUUCACCAAGACCCUAGAGGAAGAGGUGUCCGUCCUCAAAGGUCAGCCCAUGUAUCUGACUUGUGAGUUAAGCAAAGACAGAGAUGUAGUCUGGAAAAAGAAUGGCACUGAGCUCAAAGCAGUCGCUGGCAAGAUCGCCAUUAAUAUCAUCGGACUGCAGCGUUCUGUGACAAUCCAAGACGCAAAUGAUGACGACACUGGAGUUUAUACAUGCGAGUGUGAACAUCUGAAAACUGAAACAAAUGUGAAGGUCAUCGAAAUCAUCAGAGACUGGUUGACAAAACCACUGAGAGACCAGCAUGUGAAACCAAAGGCCACUGCUGCAUUCAAGUGUGAGCUCUUUAAGGACACUCCAAACUGGAAGUGGUACAAGGGCGAAGAGGAGAUUCCAAAUGAACCCACGGAUAAAACUGAAAUCAAAAAAGUUGGAAAAGAUAUGGUUCUUACUAUCAAAAAUGCUCAACCAGAUGAUGUUAGUGAAUAUAUUUUGGAAGUUGAGGGCAAACGAUACUCGGCAAAACUAACACUUGGAGAACGUGAGGCUGAGAUCCUGAAACCUCUUGCUAGUGUGGAAGUGGUCGAAAAGGAGGAGGCCAACUUUGAAACUGAAAUUUCUGAGGAUGAUGUGCCCGGAGAAUGGAAACUUAGGGGACAAGUUCUUACAAGAUCACCAACUUGUGAUAUCAGAGCCGAAGGCGGAAAGCGUUUCCUGACUUUGAAAAACGUUCAGCUUGAUCAGGCUGGUGAAGUUACAUAUCAAGCUCUGAAUGCUGUCACAAGCGCAAUGCUAACAGUGAAAGAACUGGAAAUGGACUUCACUGUUCCGUUGAAGGAUGUUUCUGUGCCUGAAAAGAAACAGGCCAAAUUUGAGUGUGCCAUCAAUAAGGAUGUGCCUAAAGUCAUGUGGUUGAAGGGUUCUGAUAUUAUUACAUCUGGAAAUAAAUAUGAAAUAAUUGAUGAUGGGAAAAAGCACAUUUUGAUAAUAAAUAAUUGUGAAUUUGAUGAUGAAGGAGAAUUUACUAUUGAAGUGUUGGGCAAAACAUCAACAGCUAAACUGACGGUAGAGGGUAUGAGGCUGAACUUCAUCACAGAAUUGAAGGAUCAGACUGUGAAGGAAACUAAAACUGCUCAUUUUGAGAUUGAGCUCAGUCAUGAGAACGUCCCAGUGCUUUGGUACAAAAAUGAAAUUAAACUGCAUCAAAGCAGAACAGUGAUUAUCCAUUUUGAAGGAACAAAGCAUAUGUUAGAAAUGAAGGAAGUCACUCUAGAUGAUACCUGCCAAAUAAGGGCAGAGGCAAAAGGAAUAUCAACCAAGGCUAAUCUUCUGGUUAUAGAGGGUGACGCAUGCUUCAUCGUCAAGUUGCAAGACUACACUGCUGUUGAGAAAGACGAGGUCACUCUUGACUGUGAACUAAGCAAAGACGUACCUGUCAAGUGGUUCCACAAUGAGAUUGAAAUAAAGGCCUCAAAGAUUGUUUCCAUGAGGACAGAGGCUAAAAGAAGGAUUCUUCACAUUAAGAAAGUGGAGCAAAAAGACAAGGGAGUGUACGUAUGUGACUGUGGAACAGACAAGACAUCAGCCAAUGUUACAAUUGAAGCCCGUGACAUCAAGGUGGUCCGACCUAUGUAUGGUGUCGAAGUGUUUGAUGGAGAGACUGCACGCUUUGAAGUGGAAAUCUCUGAGGACGAUGUCCAUGGACAGUGGAAACUGAAGGAUGAGAUCCUCACGCCGUCAGCUGAUGUUGAGAUCAUUGAGGAAGGUUCAAAGCACACCUUGACACUGUACAACUGCAAAGUUGCCCAGACCGGAGAGGUGGUUUUCCAGGGAGCAAAUGCCAAGUGUGCUGCAAAUCUGAAAGUAAAAGAACUGCCCAUUACUUUCCUGACUUCUUUGAGUGAUGUACAAGUCUAUGAGAAAGAUGAUGCAAGAUUUGAGUGCGAACUGUCCAGGGAAGCAAAGAGCUUCAGAUGGCUGAAGGGUUCUCAAGAGCUGAAGGCUGAUGAUAAGUUUGAAAUUCUGACAGAAGCAAAACGGUACAUUCUUGUAAUCAAAUCUGCAGCCUAUGAUGAUGAAGCUAAAUACAUGUUCGAGGCAGAGGACAAGAGAACCGCUGGCAAACUGGUCAUCCAAGGUAUUCGCCUUGAGUUUGUCAGACCCAUCAAGGACGUUACUGUAAAGGAGCGUGAAACAGCAGAAUUCAGCAUCGAACUCUCUCAUGAAAAAAUCCAAGUCACAUGGUACAAAAAUGACGUGCGCCUGCACCCAAGCAAAGUGGUUCACAUGUCAGAACAGGGCAAGAUCCACACGCUGUCCUUCAAAGAGGUGUCUAUCGAUGAUACUUCUCUAAUCAAAGUAGAGGCUCUCGGAAAGACCUCUGAGGCUAUGCUAACUGUGUUAGAGGGCGAGGCUUACUUUACCACCAAGCUACAGGACUACACAGCGGUGGAGAAGGAUGAAGUGGUGCUGAUGUGUGAACUGAGCAAACCUUCAGCUGAGGUGAAAUGGUUUAAAGACGGCACAGAGAUUAUUCCCUCCAAAAAUAUUCUCAUCAAGGCUGACGGAAGGAAGCGCAUUCUGAUUGUGAAGAAGGCCGAGAAGGGCAACAUUGGUGAAUAUGUCUGUGACUGUGGCUCUGACAAAAGUGCCGCAAAGCUGAACAUUGAAGCGCGUGACAUUAAGGUCACUCGUCCACUGUACAGUAUGGAGGUUACAGAGACAGAGACUGCUCGCUUUGAGAUUGAGAUCUCAGAGGAUGACGUCCAUGGGCACUGGAAACUCAAAGGAGAGGCUCUGCAUCAGUCUCCUGACUGUGAAAUUAAAGAAGAAGGAAAUAAGCACAUACUGAUUCUUUACAAUGUACGAAUUGACAUGGCCGGUGCUGUGGACUUCAGUGCUGCAAAUGCUAAAUCUAGCGCUCAGCUCAGAAUUAAAGCACGCACGAUUGGCCUGUUGCGACCUCUUCGGGAUGUCACAGUUACUGCUGGGGAGACUGCAACCUUCGAGUGUGAGCUUUCAUAUGAAGGUAUCCCUGUUGAAUGGUUCGUUGGAACAACGAAGGUGGAACCAAGUGACAAUGUGGUAACAAGAGCAGAAGGCAGACUGCAUAGCUUGACUCUGAGGAACGUCGAGAUAACACAUGCUGGAUUUGUGAAGCUUACUGCAAAGGACUUCCAGACCCAGGCCUCACUUACUGUGAAUGAGCCACCGGUUGAGUUCACCAAACCACUGGAAGAUCAGACUGUUGAGGAGGAGGCCACUGCUAUUCUGGAGUGUGAACUUUCCAGAGAGAAAGCUGACGUCAAGUGGUGUAGAGAUGGAAAAGAAAUCCAUAAAACAAAGAAGUACGAGAUGGUGGCUGAUGGCCGUAAGAGGAAGCUGAUCAUCAAAGACUGCACCCUCGAUGACUCCAAGACAUAUACCUGUGAUGCCAAAGAAUUUAAGACUUCUGCCUUCUUGAAUGUUGAACCACCACAUGUUGAGUUUUCUAAGCCUCUUCAUGAUGUUGAGGUUAGGGAGAAAGAGACCGCCAAGUUUGAAUGUGAAGUAUCACGUGAAAGUGCCAAGGUCCGCUGGUACAAAGACGGCAUUGAGAUUAGAAAGGGCAAAAAGUAUGAGAUUAUUGCCAAGGGUGUGCAGCGUAUUCUCAUUAUUAGCAAGGCAGUCUUUGAUGAUGAAGCUGAAUAUGAAUGCGAUGCAAGAACCUCUAAAUCAUCUGGCAUGCUUACAGUUGUUGAGGAGGAGGCAAGAUUCACAAAGAACCUGUCCAACGUUGAAGGCACAGAGACUGACAGUAUUAAGCUGAUCUGUGAGGUCUCCAAGUCCAGUGUAGAUGUUACAUGGUAUAAGGGUGACGAGGAACUGCCUGAGGGAGGCAGAUAUGAACAUAUCGCAGACGGCAGAAAGAGAAUUUUGUUCAUCCAGGAUCUUCGCAUGGAUGAUGCAGGAGAGUACAAUUGUAGGCUUCCCAAUUCAAAGACAUCAGCAACACUGAAGAUUAAUGAACUGGCAGCUGAGUUUAUUUCCAAACCUCAAGGCCAGGAAGCAGUUGAGGGUGAAAAGGCAGAAUUUGUGUGCUCAGUAUCCAAAGACAACUAUGAAGUUAAAUGGUUUAGGGGUGACAAGGAGCUUCAAACUGAUGACAAGUAUGACAUUGUUAGUGAAGGAAAGAGAAGAGUUCUCAUCAUUAAAAACUGCGAGUUGAAAGAUGAAGGAGCCAUCACUGCCUGCAUUGGUUCUGUUAAGGCUUCUGCGGACUUGCAUGUGAUUGAAAAACUGAGGAUCAUCACUCCCUUGAAAGACACCCAAAUGAAGGAAGGACAAGAAUUAGUUCUUAAUUGUGAGGUUAAUUCAGAGGGCGCUAAGGCCAAGUGGCUGAAGGACAAUGAGACAAUGUUUGAAAGCAGCAAGUUCAUAAUGGUCCAAAGAGACACUAUUUUCUCUCUGAGGAUUAAAGCUGCAGAGAAAUCUGAUGAGGGCACUUACACCGUUACACUUACUAACCAGCGUGGUGAACAGGCCACAUGCUCUGCAAAAGUCGGUGUAAUAGAGGAAGAGCUUCGUAUCAUAGAACCUCUUGAAGACUGUGAAACUGAGGAGAAAAAGACAAUAAGCUUUAGUUGCAAAGUCAACAGACCGAGUGUGACUGUUCAAUGGAUGAAGGCAGGUCAGGAGAUCACCUUCAGCAAGCGUGUUGUUUACCGUGUGGACAAGAACAAGCACACAUUGAUCAUCAAAGACUGCACCAUGGAUGAUGAGGGUGAAUACACAGUCACUGCUGGUGCUGAUAAGUCCUCAGCUGAACUGAUCAUCAGUGAGGCACCAACUGACUUUACCGCUCAACUCAGAGACCAGACUGUUACUGAAUUUGAGGAUGCAGAGUUUACUUGCAAGGUGUCAAAGGAGAGAGCCAGCGUUAAAUGGUACAAGAAUGGUCGUGAGAUCAGAGAAGGACCCAGGUACCACAUGGAAAAAGACGUAAAGAACUGCACUCUCUACAUCAAGGAAUGCCGACCUGAUGAUGAAUGUGAAUAUGCCUGUGGAGUGGAUGACAAAAGAUCCAGGGCUCGUCUCUUUGUUGAAGAGACACCGGUGGAAAUUGUCACACCUCCUAAAGAUGUAUUUGAGGCCCCAGGUUCAGAUAUUGUAUUUGAGGUUGAACUUAACAAAGACAGAGUUGAAAUCAAGUGGAUGAGAAACAACAUGAUCAUCGUGCAAGGUGACAAAUACCAGAUGAUCAGUGAGGGAAAAAUUCACAGACUGCAGGUUUGUGAGAUCAGGCCUCGGGAUCAAGGGGAGUACAGAGUCGUUGCCAAGGAUAAGGAUGCCAGAGCCAAGCUCGAGUUAGCCGCUGUUCCCAAGAUCAAAACUACAGACCAGAACCUUGUAACAGAUGCUGGAAAACCCUUCAUGAUGACAGUCCCCUAUGAUGCUUACCCUCGUGCAGAUGCCGAAUGGUUCUUUAAUGACAUCAGCCUACCAAUGCAAAACAUUGACACAUCCACUGACAAGACAGAUUUCAGGUUAAAAGACCCUAAGAAGUCAGAUCAGGGACGUUAUAAGAUAGUAAUCAAGAACAAGCAUGGACAAGGGGAGGCUAUCAUCAAUUUGGAUGUUAUUGAUGUUCCUGGACCUGUGAAGAAUCUGAGAGUUGUUGACACUGCUGAUGGUGAGGUCAGUCUAGCCUGGGAUGAACCUGAGACAGAUGGCGGCAGCAAGAUUUUGGCCUACGUGGUUGAAAGACGUGAUGUUAAGCGCAAGUCCUGGACAGUGGCAACUGACCGUGCUGACAGCACAGAGUACUGUGUUGGGGGAUUGCAGAAGGACAACAUGUACUUCUUCCGUGUGUAUGCUCGCAAUAGAGUUGGCAAUGGAGAGCCUGUCACUACUGACGAAGCUGUUCAAGCCAAGAAUAAAUUUGAUGUUCCUGAUGCACCACAGAACGUCAUGGUUGGAAUUGUCAACCGUUUUGGUGCUACUGUAACCUGGCAACCACCUCUAUUCGAUGGAGGAUCUGAGAUUACGUCCUAUAUCAUUGAGCUCCGUGACAGGACAUCUGUAAAAUGGGAACCUGCCCAGGUGGUCCGGGCUGAGGAUCGCACAGCCACACUCAACGAUGUUGUUGAGAAUAAGGAAUAUAUCUUCCGUGUUAGAGCUGAGAACAAAGCUGGAAUAGGUUUGCCAAGUGCUGCCACUGAUCCAGUGAAGAUAAUGGACCCCAUUGAGAGGCCAAGCCCACCCUUGAACUUCAACUACGCAAAUCAGAAAAGUGAUUCCGUUCAGCUGUCAUGGGAUACUCCACUUAGCAAUGGAGGCAGCAUGAUAACAGGAUACAUUAUUGAGAAAUGUGAAGAUGGCUCCGACCACUGGCUAAGAUGCAAUGCCAGGCUCUGCCCAGACCUUUAUUACAGGGUAUCUGGUUUGAAGUUUGGUCAGAAGUAUCACUACAGAGUAUCUGCAGAGAAUGCAGCUGGAGUUUCUGAUCCAGCCGAACAGAUUGGACCACUGUUAGCAGAUGACCCACAUGUUGGUCCCUUAAUGGAUCUGAGUGGAUUUAAAAAUGGUUUGGAAGUCUUUGUGCCCAAUGCUCUCACUAUUCGUGUCCCCGUUACUGGAUACCCAACACCAAAAGCCAAGUGGAUGUUUGGGGAUAAGGAGCUCACUGCAGGAGAUCGUGUCUCUAUGGUCACAAAGCCUACAUACACUGAACUGGUCAUUACCCCAAGUGUUCGUCCAGAUAAGGGUACAUACAUUCUGACCCUGGAGAAUGAUGUGACUUCAGUCUCUGGAGAGAUUGAGGUUAACGUUAUUGCAUCUCCAAGUGCACCCAAAGACUUCAAAGUUGUAGAGGUGACAAGACACCAUGUACACCUAACAUGGGAGGCUCCAGAACAUGAUGGAGGAAGCCCUGUUACAGGCUAUAAUAUUGAGAAGAGAGAGGUUUCUCGCAAGACAUGGGUUAAGAUUAUAUCAGGCGUGCAGGACCUUGAGCACACUGUCACAGAUGUGAUUGAGGGCAAGGAGUAUUUGUUUAGUGUAACAGCUUGCAACAAAUGUGGUCCCGGAGAACCUGCAUACAUUGAAGAACCAGUGAAUGUCUCCUCUCCAGCCACCGUGCCAGACCCACCAGAGAAUCUGAAAUGGAGAGACAAAUCUGCAAAGGGUAUCUUCCUGUUCUGGGAGCCCUCACCAUAUGAUGGUGGUGCACCUAUCAAGGGCUAUAUUGUUGAUAAAUGCCAGCGUGGAAGUGACAAAUGGGAAGCCUGUGGAGAGCCAAUGCCUGAACUAAAGUUUCAGGUAACUGGCCUCAUUGAGGGACAGUGGUAUGCCUAUCGUGUGAGGGCAGUGAACAGACUUGGAGCUAGCAGACCUUGUAAAGCCACAGAUGAGAUACUUGCUGUUGAUCCCAAAGAACCUCCAAUUAUUCAGUUGGAUGCCAAACUCCUGGCUGGCCUGACAGCUAAAGCUGGUACUAAGAUUGACCUUCCAGCAGAUGUUCUUGGAAAACCAGACCCAAGAGUCAAAUGGACAAAGGCCGACCUUAUCCUUAAGCAAGAUGACAGAAUCACUAUUGAUACAAAGCCUGGUCACUCUACUGUCUCGAUUGCUAAGACAACCAGAGCAGACACAGCCACCUACAUUAUUGAGGCAGUAAACACUUGCGGUCGUGCCACUGCAACUGUUGAUGUCAACAUUCUUGAUAAGCCUGGCCCCCCGGCUGCAUUUGAUAUUUCUGAUAUCACCAAUGAGUCCUGUUGUCUGGCUUGGAAUGCCCCCAGAGAUGAUGGUGGCUCUCCUGUCACCAACUACAUUGUGGAAAUGAGACCCAUUGAAAAAGAAGAAUGGCAGAAGCUUUCCGCCACAGUCAAGCAAACCACUUUCAAGGCCUGCAAACUGGUGCCUAUGAAGGAGUAUGUCUUCCGGGUAUCCGCUGAGAACCAGUAUGGCAUUGGUACUCCUGUGGAACAUGUACCAAUUAUUGCCAAAUAUUCCUUCGAGCCUCCUGGUGCUCCAAGUAGGGUACAGCCAUCUGAUAUUGCCAAGGAUGCUGUAACUUUUACCUGGUUUGAGCCUGAUGAGGAUGGUGGAAGCCCCAUUACUGGUUAUUGGGUGGAAAGGUUUGAUCCAGAAAGUGAUAAAUGGAUCAAAUGCAACAAGCUCCCAAUUAAGGACACCACCCUGAGAGUGAAAGGUUUGCCUACAAAAAAGAAGUGCAAAUUCCGUGUCCUCGCUGAGAACCUUGCAGGAGUUGGAAAACCAAGUUCUGAGACAGAUCCAAUCUUGAUAAAGGAUCCUAUUGAUCCUCCAUGGGCUCCUGGUAAACCAUUUAUCAAAGACAUUGCUAAGACCUCUGCCUUCCUGCAAUGGACCAGACCGGAGCAUGAUGGUGGUGCUAAAAUUGAAUCAUACAUCAUUGAGCUGCUUAAAAGCGGAACUGAGGAAUGGGUCCGUGUGGCUGAGGAUGUGCCCAUGACAGAGCACUUGGUGAAAGGACUAAUGGAAAAGCAGGAGUACUCCUUCCGUGUCAAAGCUGUAAACAUUGCUGGAGAAAGUGAGCCCAGCGAUCCAAGUGACCCUGUGGUGUGCAAGGAAAGACUCUAUCCUCCAUCUCCGCCACGCUGGCUUGAGGUAGUUAACAUUUCAAAGAUUGACUGUGAACUGAAGUGGACUGAACCGGAAAAUGACGGCGGCUCCCCAAUCACCAACUAUGUCGUUGAGAAGAGAGAUGUCAGACGCUGGACCUGGCAGACUGUGGACACUACCGUGAAAGACACCAAAUACACUGUAACUCCUCUCAAUGAGGGAACUCUCUAUGUGUUCCGUGUGGCAGCUGAGAAUGCCGUAGGUGUGAGUGAAUUCUUUGAGAUGGAGGACUCUGUUCUAGCUAAAGAUACUUUCACAACUCCUGGACCUCCAUAUGCGUUGACUGUGGUUGAGGUGUCCAAGAGACAUGUUGAUCUGAAAUGGGAGCCUCCCAAGAGUGAUGGUGGCAGACCAAUUACAAAGUAUGUUAUAGAGAAAAAGGAGAAAGUAGGCACCCGCUGGAUAAAGUCUGGAAAAACAUCAGGUCCUGAAUGCAAGUACAGGGUGACUGAUGUCGAUGAGGGAACUGAGGUGCAGUUCCAAGUCCGGGCUGAAAACGAAGCUGGAGUCGGCGACGCAAGUGAACCCACAGAAAUCAUUACCAUUGAGGAUCCUAUCAGUCCACCUUCUCCUCCACUUGAGGUAAAGAUUGUCGAUGCCAGCAGAGAGCACAUUAACAUUACAUGGAAGGCACCAGAAAAGAAUGGUGGAAGUCCUAUUACUGGAUAUCAUGUUGAGCUGGCUGAGGCUGACACGGAGAAAUGGAUGAGAAUCAAUGCACGUCCAAUAAAGGAGCUGAGAUUCAAGGCUGAAGAUGGCAUUAUUCCUGAGAAACAAUAUGUUCUUAGAGUUAGAGCCAUCAAUGCUGUUGGAGUUAGCGAUCCCUCAGAGAUAUCAGACAAAGUCUUUGCUAAAGACCCAGACUGUGCACCAACAAUUGACGUGCAGGACCAAGAUGUUGUUGUUGUAGAAGGUGAGAAGUUGCAUCUAAAGAUCCCAUACAGAGCAAUUCCCAAACCUUCAGUGGUUUGGAAGAAGGGGGAUACUGAACUGAAGGCUGAUGACAGACUUACUUUAAGAUGCGAACUCAACAGUAUUCACCUUGAACUUCUAAAAUGCAAACACGAAGAUGCUGGUGCCUAUACUGUUGCUUUAGAAAACAGUCUGGGUUCAGUUACAGGAACAGUUAACAUUAAAGUUAUUGGCCUGCCUGGACAAUGUAAGGACAUCUCUUCAAGUGAGGUCACCAAGAACUCCUGCAAAAUUUCAUGGGAGCCCCCAGAAAGUGAUGGUGGAAGCCCAAUUUUGCACUACGUACUGGAACGCAGAGAGGCUCAGAAAAAGACAUUUAUGCCCGCAAUGUCUGGUGUAAAUGUUUUAGAAUUUGUGGUCAAGGACCUAAUGGUGAAUGGUGAAUAUUACUUCAGAGUAAAAGCUGUUAACAGAAUUGGAAGCGGUGAAUAUCUUGAUCUUCGCAACCCUGUCAACAUUCAAGAGCAGAAGCAGCGGCCAGACCCACCCGUUGAGGUUGAGGCCCACAACCCUACUUCGCAGUCCAUUACAGUCACUUGGAAAGCCCCACCCUAUGAUGGUGGCUGUCCAAUCAAUGGCUAUAUUCUAGAGCAAAUCGAGAAGGAUGGUGAUAGAUUUGUUAGAUGUGUUCCAAACCUGGUGCCUGGUUUUUCAUACACCGUCACUGGACUGACAGAGGGCAAGGAAUAUCAGUUCCGUGUCCGAGCAGAGAAUGUGGCUGGCGAAAGUGACCCAUCCCGCAGCACCCCUCUGACUAUGGCUGCAGAUCCUGUCGACCCACCAAAGGUAUCUCUACAUUCACGUGUUGCAUCCGGCCUGAUCAUCAGGAAAGGUGAGGAGAUUCGAUUGGAUGCCCACAUUUCUGGAUCUCCAUAUCCCACUGUGACAUGGUUCAGGAAUGAUGAGAAUGUCCAAAAGAUUGAAAAGAAGAAGCCAGUACUGUUUGUGAAAAAGAAGAAGACCAAGGCUAUUCACCCUGAGCCUGAGGAGGAGUUCCAUCCUCCAAUUCCAGACCGUCUAUCAUUUGACCAAAGCAAGAGAGGCGAGACAGCAAUAAUGGUGCGUGAAGCCAUUAGAGAUGAUCAUGGACAUUUUACCAUCAGGGUUGAGAAUGCUCAUGGUUUUGCCACAGCAUCUUGUGAAGUCAAUGUUCUUGAUAAACCUGGACCACCAGUUAACUUUGGAUUUGAUGAUAUCAGAAACGACUCUGUCGUUUGCAAAUGGGAUGCACCACUCGAUGAUGGUGGCAGUGAAAUCAUCAACUACAUCCUGGAGAAAAAAGACAACACAACUGAUGAUAUUGGUUGGGUUACUGUUACCUCAACACACAAAGGAUACAACUAUCCUGUCACCAAACUUAUAGAAGGAAAGGAGUAUAUCUUCAGAGUCACAGCUGAAAACAAGUUUGGCUGUGGAUGGCCAUGCUACUCUGAGCCGCUUGUUGCAAAGAAUCAAUUCGAUCCUCCUGAUGCACCUAACAUGCCAAGAAUCGGAGAAGUCACAGCCAGCAGUGUUGCUCUGUCUUGGCAUGAACCUAAGGACAAUGGCAGCCCUAUCUUGGGCUACUGGAUUGAGAGACGUGAGGUCAACAGCAAAUACUGGACCAGAGUGAAUCGCAAUCUUCUCAGCUCUCUGGCAGUCAAGGUUGAGGGUCUUAUGGAGGGCCUGGUUUAUGUAUUCAGGGUCUGCGCUGAGAAUCUUGCUGGCCCUGGUGAAUUUAGUGUUCCCACUGAUCCUGUCACUGCAAUGGAUCCAAUCUUACCACCGGGUCCUCCAGUUCCAAGAAUUGUUGAUACUACAAACACAACAGUUGAAAUUGCCUGGGUUCCUCCACUCUACAAUGGAGGUGGAGAUAUUCUUGGGUAUCAUGUUGAAUACUGUCUUGUGGGAGAGAAGGAAUGGGCCCGCAGCACUGAGUUUAGAUGCAAAGAAUGCAAGUAUACCUUGACUGGACUGACUGAGGGGGCAGAUUACAACAUCCGUGUAUUCGCUGUAAAUGAAGCUGGUAAUGGAGUGCCAGCAAUGACUGAACCUGUUCAAGUUAAGGAACCUACACAGGAACCAGGAGUCGAGUUUGAUGUUUCUGUAAGAAAUGGAGUCAUUAUAAAAGCAGGAGAGACACUGCGCAUUCCAGCUUAUGUUGUCGGCAGACCAGUACCAGAGGUAAAAUGGACAAAAGAUGAUGCUGAGCCUGAUAAGGAACGUGUUGUCAUUGAAACUGCUGGAAAAUGCAGCACUCUGAACAUCAAAAAUGCCCUGAGAAGUGACCAUGGCAAAUACGAGAUUACAGGAACAAACUCCAGUGGAUCGAAAUCUGUGUUCAUCAAGGUCGAUGUAAUGGAUGUUCCUGGACCAGUGGUUGAUCUUAAAACAGUUCAUGUCAGCAAGAAGAUGAUCUCACUGACUUGGUCUGAUCCUGUUGAUAACGGUGGAAGUGAUAUUAUGGGCUAUGUUGUUGAGAGAAAAGAUGCCAAGAGGCAUAUAUACAGACAACCUCUGGAAACAGCUGCAUGCAAGUGUGACAUUGUUGGUCUUCUUGAUGGUGAGGAGUAUAUGUUCCAGGUGGUUGCAAGAAACAAAUACGGCCUUGGAGCCCCGGUUGAGCUUGGACCAGUUUUAGCCGCAGAUCCUAAAGGUGUUCCCUCAGCCCCAGAGAAGCUUCACUACACCUCCAGGACCAAGAACACUGUCACACUUGCUUGGCAGCCUCCUCGCACUGAUGGUGGCUCUCCAAUCAGAGGCUAUUACAUCGAAAAGAUGCGGCAAGACAGUGAUGAAUUUGAUGUUGCCAAUCGUCAAAUCUGCAAAGACCUCACAAUUACAAUAGAAAAUCUGAAUGAAAACAUGAUGUAUGACUUUAGAGUGAAGGCUGUCAAUGAGGUUGGCGAUGGUGAACCCUCCAAACCCAUAAAUGUUCACAUUCAAGAUGAUGAAUUUGCCCCAACCGUGACUUUGUUGAAAUACAUCAAGAGCAAUGCCAUCAUUGUAAAGAAAGGAGCAGCUAUUGAUAUACCUGCUGAAAUUGCUGGUCUCCCCUUGCCUACCUUUGAAUGGACAAAGAAUGGAGUUGUUCUUGACAAACCCACUGAGAUCAUGACACUGGAGUCAGAGGAGAUUGACAGACAGACUAUCAGAACCAAGAUUGCUAUUCCUGAGACUGUAAGACAAGACACAGGCUCAUACAAGCUAAGUGCAACAAAUAUUCUUGGAACGGGACAACAAAUCAUCAAAGUUGAGAUAUUAGAUCGUCCCACACCACCAAGGAACAUUGUGGUCUCUGACAUCAAAGCUGAGUCCUGCUACCUCACUUGGGAUGCUCCUGAGGACAACGGAGGAAGUGACCUCACCAACUAUAUUAUUGAGAAGAGAGAUGCCAGCAAGAAGAAGUCUGACUGGGAGCAGUUGACCUGUUGUAUUAUUGACAGACGCUAUGGGGUGUACAAGCUUGAGACCUAUGGCACCUUCCAGUUCCAGAUUAAAGCUGAGAACAAAUAUGGAGUCAGUGAUGGAUGCGAAUCAGAAAAAGUUGUCCUCAAGGAUCCAUAUGGCCUUCCUGGCCCACCCCAGAGGCCGAGAAUCAUUGGACAUACAAGUUCGUCUAUGCUGGUGGCGUGGGACCCUCCAAAGGACAAUGGUGGAUCUACCAUUCAGGGCUACUGGCUAGAGAAGAGGGAGAGGGGUGCAGUGUACUGGAGUCGUGUAAAUAGGGCUCCUGUCACAAAGCCAGCAGUUAAGGGCUUAGAGUACAACAUCCUGCAUCUUAUUGAAGGUUUUGAGUACCAGUUCCGUGUCAUGGCACAAAAUGCAGCUGGCAUUGGACCCCCUAGUGAGGCAACUGAAUGUGUCUUUGCACUUGAUCCAAGAAGUCCACCCAGCCAACCACCAGCACCUGAAGUGAAGGACAAAACAACAAGCAGCGUAUCUCUUGCCUGGAGUCCACCAGACAAGAAUGGAGGAAGCCCAAUCAAGGGCUAUAUUGUUGAGAUGCAAGAUGAGGGCUCAUCAGAGUGGAAACGGGUCAAUGACCCUGAAAAGCUCAUUCUAGGCAAUUCAUUUACAGUGACAGGACUCAAAGAGAAUAGGAAAUGCAGAUUUAGGAUUGUCGCUGUUAAUGCUGCUGGUGAAUCGGAACCAAGUCCAAGGACUUCUGACAUUAUGGUACAGGAUAUCCUGGAGGAACCCGUCAUACAGUUACAUGUCUCAGCUCAUGAGCUGCUCGCUUGUCACGCUGGAACAACAAUCAAAAUCCCAGCCACCAUAUCAGGCACACCUGUUCCAAACGUCACGUGGGAAUUUGAGGGAACUGCCGCAACAGAGAUGAAGAACGAGCGACAUAAACUUCCAGUGGAUUCAGAUAUCUCAUUAACUGAUACUACAUCACAAGUUACAAUCCCUGUGUGUAAACUCAGCCACUCUGGACGGUACAUCAUUACAGCUUCUAAUAAAGCCGCCACUAAAACGGUUAAAGUCCGUGUGACUGUACUCGAUUUGCCUGGGCCUCCAAAGGAUCUCAAAAUAACUGACAUUACAAGAGGCACAUGCAGACUCACAUGGAAGCCUCCAGAUAACGAUGGUGGUGAGAGAAUCAAGAGUUACUUCAUUGAAAAGAAGACAAUUGAAGGAAAAGCCUGGACAAAAGUUAAUCCAGCCUGUGCCAGUCAAUCUUUGGUGGUCCCAGACCUUGUCGAAGGACAGGACUACUUGUUCCGUAUUCGGGCUGAGAAUCAAUUUGGUAUGGGACCUCCUCUAGAAACCUUCCAAAGAACAAAGGCUAAGGAUCCUAUCCAUCCUCCUGAUGCACCCAUAAGACUUAAAAUCGUCGAUCUAUCCAAGGGAACGGUGACUUUGACAUGGAAGCCACCCAGAAAUGAUGGUGGAUCACCUGUAACUCAUUACAUUGUUGAACGCCUCUGGUGGGAUGCCAGCGGAGAGCAGAAAGAGUCCUGGAGACAGUGCAAUAGACGUGACAUUGAUACCACCACCUUCAAAGUGGAGGACCUCCAUGAUGGUGCUGAGUAUGAAUUCCGUGUCAAGGCUGUAAACGAGGCCGGUGCAGGCAGACCGUCUUCUACUGCUGGACCUGUUAUCGUUAAGGACCAGACAAGAGCUCCUUCCAUUCAGCUUGAAGAGUUUAUGGAAGUUGAACAGAACACAGACAUUAACAUUGUUGCUAAGAUUAAAGGAUGCCCAUUCCCCACGCUUACCUGGCAGAAGGCUCCACCUCACAAAAGUGAUGACAAGGUUGAUAUUUUGUAUGAUGAACAUAUCAACAAGCUUGUAACUGAUGACGGCUGCACACUGCUGAUCCAGCAGGGCAAGCGCUCAGACACUGGCCUCUACACACUCACUGCAAGCAACAGCCUCGGCAAAGUCUCUAAAGAGAUGAGACUUAAUGUGCUAGGACUUCCUGGACCUCCUUCUGCACCAGUUAAAUUUGAGGAGAUUCAUGCUGAACGUAUUACACUGUCAUGGCUGCCUCCUAUUGACGACGGUGGCUCGAAAAUCACUAACUAUACUAUUGAGAGACGGGUAGCCAGCCGGAAGACAUGGAUUCCUGUGCCUGGUGCACCUAAAGAGCGCUUAUUUACCAUUGAGGGUCUGAUGCCCGGCCACGAAUAUGUGUUCCGCAUUAGGGCUCAGAAUAAAUAUGGAGUCGGUGAGCCACUUGACAGUGAGCCAGAGGUCGCUAGAGAGAUUUUCACCGUCCCUGGUCAGUGCGAGAAACCAUCAAUCUCCAGUGUCACCAUUGACUCAAUUAUGGUGAACUGGGAAGAGCCAGAAACAGACGGUGGUAGUCCAAUUACUGGCUACUGGCUUGAGCGCAAGGAGACCACAUCGAAACGCUGGAACAGAGUGACCCGUGAUCCUAUCAGGCCCAUGCCACUUGGUGUCUCCCAUAAUGUCACAGGCCUCAUUGAAGGCUGUCAGUACAUUUUCCGUGUAACUGCGAUUAAUGCAGCCGGAUGUGGACUCCCAAGUUUGCCAUCUGACCCAACAUUUGCCAGAGAACCAAUUGCUCCUCCUUCACCACCAACACCUAAAGUAACUGACUGGACAAAGAACACAGUUGACUUGGAAUGGAUUCCACCUCUGAAGGAUGGUGGAUCAAAAAUCAUGGGCUACUAUGUUGAGUACAAAGAGGAAGGCACAGAGACUUGGGUUAAGGCCAAAGAAAAUGAAGUUAGAGGAACCAGGUUUGUGAUCACUGGGCUGAAAGAGAAUGGAUUCUACAGGUUUAGAGUUGUGGCGUUUAAUGCUGCUGGUCUGAGUGAACCAGGAGAAGUUCCUGAAGUUCUUGAAAUGAAGGAGAGGAUAAUUGCCCCAGUUCUUGAAUUGGACAUCUCAGUGAAAGAGAAGAUCGUUCUUCAUGCCGGUGGUGUCAUCCGCAUCCUGGCAUAUAUGUCCGGCCAGCCUGCACCUGAGAUUACAUGGGACAAAGAUGGUGGCAAGGUCCCAUUAGAAGCUGUUGUUGAGAACACAUCAAUCAGCACCUCAUUAGUAAUUAAGAACUGCACCAGGAUGCAAAAGGGUGUUUAUAGCAUAACAGCAAAGAACGGUGGAGGAGAGGUGAAGAGGACAAUAAUUGUUGAUGUUCUUGAUGUCCCUGGUCCAGUUGGUAUACCCUUCUUAGCUGAUAAUCUCACUACAGACUCGUGCAAAUUGACCUGGUUCUUCCCAGAGGAUGACGGCGGUUCUCCAAUAUCUAACUACAAAAUUGAGAAGCGUGAAGCUGAACGCAAAGCUUGGACGGCAUGCUCUUAUAAUGCCGCCAGGCAAAAUGCUGUGGUUCAAAAUCUCACUUUAGGAAAAGCUUAUUUCUUCAGGGUUGCAGCUGAAAAUGCAGUCGGAGUUGGUCCAUUCCGUGAAACUGCAUGUGAACUUGUUAUCAGGGAAUCUCUUUCUGUACCUGAUCGUCCAGAGGAAGUCGAGGUGACUGCUGUCACUAAAACCUACAUCAGUGUAACAUGGAAGCCACCAAGGAACGAUGGUGGAAGCGAUGUGACCUCCUAUGUUCUUGAGGCCCGCAUGAUCGGCAAGGACAAGUUUAUCAGACUGACCAAAGAGAAACUGAUGGACAGAAGAUUCACUUACGACAGUCUGCGAGAGGGUGAAAGUUAUGAAUUCCGUGUCAGUGCAGUGAACGAAAUCGGCCAAGGCAAACCAUCCUUCCACACAAAACCCAUAACAUGCAGAGAUGAGCUUGAGCCCCCGACGAUUGAACUGGACUUCCGUGAUAAGGUCAUUGUCCGUGUUGGUGAGAGUUUUGCUCUGCAGGGACGCUACUCAGGCAAACCAGCGCCUUCAGUAACCUGGUCAAGAGAUGAUGAGGAACUGAAAGCAGAUCAACAUAUUCAGUUUAAAAGCACUUUGACCACUAUGUGCCUUGGCAUAAUCAAGGCUCAGCGCAAGCACAGCGGUAGAUACUGUGUUACAGUGGAAAACUGCACAGGAGCUCGCAAAGGAAUCUGCAAUGUCAAUGUUGUUGAUCGUCCAUCGCCACCUGAAAGUCCGGUUGUCUUCGAGGAAGUUCAUAGGGAUCAUAUGAUCAUUUCUUGGAAGCCUCCACUUGAUGACGGUGGAUGUGAAAUUUCCAACUACAUCAUUGAAAAGAGAGACACAAACAGAGACAUGUGGACGACUGUAACAUCUGCCAGCUCAAAAACCAUCUGCAAAAUACCCAAGCUUGUUGAAGGUCGUCAGUACAUCUUGAGAAUCAGUGCUGAGAAUUUGUAUGGCAUCAGUGACCCACUGGAGUCUGAAGAGAUGAAAGCCAAGGAUCGUUUCAGAGUACCGGAGGCCCCAGAACAACCAACAGUUAAAGAAGUUUACCAUGACUCAGCCCUUGUGCUCUGGAACCGUCCCCGCGAUGGUGGCAAGCCCAUUACCAAUUACUACCUGGAGAAGAAGGAACCGUCUGCUAAGAGGUGGUCUCGGGCAACCAGAGAACCCAUUUAUCCCAAUACUCAAUACAGGGUGCAGGAGCUUGUUGAAGGCUGUGAAUAUGAGUUCCGUGUCACAGCGGAGAAUGAAAUUGGUACUGGAGACCCUAGCCCUCCAUCCAAACCUAUUUUAGCCAAGGAUCCUGUUGUUCCACCCAGCCCACCUGUGCUGCCUGAAGCGGUCGACAAAACCAAGAAUUCAGUGAGUCUGGCAUGGCGUGUUCCUCGUCAUGAUGGCAAAGGCAAAAUCCUUGGAUACCUUGUUGAGUAUCAAAAGCCUGGAGCAAUUGAUUGGAUCCCGGCAAACGAAACUCCUGAGUCAUGCCCAGAUACCAAAUACGUUGUUGGCAACCUACAAGAUGGUGAAGAAUACCGUUUCAGGGUUACAGCUGUAAAUGCAGCUGGAAAAUCCGAACCUGCCUAUGUGAGGGAUCCAGUUAAAGUGCAUGACAGACUGGAGGAACCAGAGUUGUUACUGGAUGCCAAUAUGGCACGUGACCAUCUUGCCAUGAUUGGAACCGAUAUCACACUAAGCGCUGUGAUUAAGGGUAUUCCGAUUCCCACUGUCUCCUGGAAGAAGGAUGGUGAAGAUGUUCCUGCCCACUGUACUGUUGAAGUCGCAGCAAAAGGAAGUAAAGUACACAUCAAGAAAUGUAACCGUGCUGACUGUGGCAAAUACACCAUAUCCAUUCAGAAUGCAGCAGGUUCAAAGACAGCAACAUGCACAGUGCUUGUUCUUGAUAAACCUGGACCUCCAAGAAACCUUGCGGCCUCUGAGAUUACAAGCGAGUCAGCUUAUCUGACCUGGCAAAAGCCACUGGAUGAUGGCGGUGCUGUGAUUUCUCACUAUGUUGUGGAGAAGAAAGACGUUGCAGCUGAAAAGUGGGUCCCAGUUUGUGCCUCAUCCAAGAAGCUUAGCCUCAUGGCUCUGUACCUGAUGGAGGGUGUUCAGUAUCUAUUCCGUGUUGCUGCUGAAAAUCAGUUUGGCAGAAGUGCAUAUGUUGAAACCAGCAAGCCUAUUAAAGCAGUUGAUCCUCUUUAUCCUCCUGGACCUCCCAAGAAUCUACACCAUGUAGAUGCAGAAAAAACAGAAGUAUGGCUUGCAUGGGAGUGGCCUGAUCGCACUGGUGGAAGUGAAAUCACUGGAUUUAUUGUUGAGUAUCAGGAAGAGGGAGCCACCGAUUGGGUGGGCUUCAAGACCGUCAGUAAUCCACACUGUCAUGUUACUGGACUUCACGAGGGAAAAACUUACAGAUUCCGUGUGAAAUCACAAAAUGCAAUUGGCAUUAGCAGACCAGAUACCACUGUGCCAAUCACUUGCCAGGAAAAGACCUUGGCACCCUCUAUUGAAGUUGAUGUAAAGCUCAUUGAAGGACUUGUUGUCAAGGCUGGAACCACAAUUGCUCUACCUGCAAUCAUGAAAGGAAUACCAAUUCCUACACCCAAGUGGCAAACUGAUGGCAAUGAGCUUAAAACUGAUGGCAGAUUCAAGAUAAUUACUGAAGGAAAUUCAACAGCUCUAAACAUCAGUGAAUGUGCUAGGACUGACAGUGGAGAAUAUGUACUUACUGUCACAAAUCCUGCUGGAAGCAAAUCAGUUGCUCUUCAUGUAACAGUACUCGAUCUCCCAGGUCCUCCUAUUGGACCUGUUAACAUCCUCGAAGUCACACCCGACCACAUGGUUAUCCAGUGGCGGCCACCUAAAGACGACGGUGGCACACCGUUGAUGAACUACAUUGUCGAAAAGAAGGACGUGAAGAAACCUUGGGAGCCAUGGUCAGUCGUGAGUUCUGGGAGUAACAGCACUAAGGUUAAGGUUCCACGUUUAGAGAAAGGUCGCGAAUAUGUUGUACGCAUCCGUGCAGAGAACAAGAUCGGCAUUGGUGCAGCCCUAGAAAGUUCUCCCACCAUCGCCAAGCAUAUGUUUGAUCCACCAGGUCCCCCAGGGUGCCCGACAUGCUCUGAUGUCACAGAAAAUGCUGUAACAGUUUCAUGGAGUGAACCAGAAACUAAUGGUGGAAGUCCGGUUAGUGGUUACAUCGUGGAGCGUAGGGAGAUGACUGGUAAAUGGAUUCGCGUAAACAAAACACCCGUUUUGGAUCUUAGAUACAGAGUCUCUGGUCUUUUUGAUGGUAACAUCUAUGAAUUCAGAGUUUUUGCUGAAAAUGUUGCUGGUGUAAGUGAACCAUCAUAUCCUUCAGAUCCGGUGAAAAUCACUCGACCACUUGCUCCUCCAGGACCUCCAAGUAACCUAAAACUGAAGGACUGGAGCAAAGCAUAUGCAGAUUUGGUAUGGACCAAGCCUAGCAGAGAUGGUGGUAGUCCUGUUUUGGGCUAUGUUGUUGAGUGUCAAAAAUCUGGUUCUGCACAGUGGGACAGGAUUAAUAAAGAUCUUAUCAAGUAUUGUGCAUUUAGGGUACCAGGACUUAUUGAAGGCACGGAGUACAGGUUCCGUGUUAGAGCAUCCAAUAAGAUUGGAGAUGGAGAGCCAAGGGAGCUAACAGAAACAGUGCUUGCCAAGGACAUCCUCGUUCCUCCAGAAGUAACUGUUGAUGUUGCUUGCCGUGACCUUGUUACAGUCCGAGCAGGACAGUUUAUUAGCCUGGUGGCCCGAGUUAAAGGAAGACCUGAUCCUGAAAUCACCUGGACUAAGGAUGCAAGAGCGUUGGGUAGAGACAAGCGUACUGAGAUGAUUAACAAUUUCCCACGUGUUGAACUGUACAUUCAGGAUGCCGUAAGAGGAGAUUAUGGAAAAUAUGCAAUUCAAGCGAAAAACAGCAGUGGUCAUGCACAAGCUGCAAUCGUUGUAAAUGUGCUUGAUAUUCCUGGACCUUGCCAGAACUUGAAAGUUGCAUACGUGACAAAAGACUCAUGUAUGGUGUCCUGGGAAAAUCCAGAGGAUAAUGGUGGCACUGAAAUCACAAACUACAUUAUCGAGAGCCGUCAACCCAGCCAAAGGACAUGGACAGUUGUUUCCUCCGACUGCACCAAACGUGUUGUGAAGGCCGUACUUGUUCAAAACUGUGAAUAUUUCUUCCGUGUAAGUGCAGAGAACAAAAUCGGUGCAGGACCACCCACAGAAACAAAAACACCAGUCCUUGCCGUUGACCCAGUUGAGAAACCAGGUGAACCAGAGAAUUUCCAGAUCAAUGAAGUUGGAAAAACGUUUGUCUUCCUUAAAUGGAAGAAGCCAGAAUAUGAUGGUGGCAGCCGCAAUCUUGCUUAUCAUGUUGAAAAGAAACCAAAAGAGGCAGACGAAUGGGAAAGAAUCCAUAAAGGUGCUAUUAAAGAGACAUAUUUCAUGGCUGAUAGAUGCAUUGAAAACCAGAUAUAUCAGUUUAGAGUCCAAACAAAGAAUGAGGGAGGAGAAAGCAACUGGGUGACCACAGCUGAAGUUCUUGUAAAGGAGGAACUUGUGGUUCCUGAAAUAAACAUCAAGCUGGCAGGUGUUCUUGUGGUUAAAGCUGGAGAUUCCAUUCCUCUUGAGGCAGAGAUUAAAGGAAAGCCACAGCCAGAUAUCAAAUGGAGUAAAGAAGGUUACACUGGAGACCUCCAUAAAAUUCCUCGACUUCAAGUUGAAUCUGGUUCAAACUUCUCCAAAUUCCUGCUAACAAAUUCAAAACGUACAGAUACUGGAAAGUAUAUCAUCACUGCAACGAAUGCUGCUGGAAGCUGCACAGCUGAGGCCAGGGUUAAUGUUCUUGACAGACCUGGACCUAUUAAAGACCUAAAGGUUUCGGGCAUUUUAAUGGACAGAUGCAAGUUGACAUGGGAGGUGCCAGAGGAUGAUGGUGGAUGUGAAAUCUAUAACUACAUCAUUGAGAAAUGUGAGACAAAGAGAGGUGUCUGGUCAAUCCAUUCUUCAGCUGUUGUAACAAACAGUGCUAAUGUAACUCGUCUAAUUGAAGGAAAUGAGUACAUAUUUAGAGUAAGAGCAGAGAAUAAGAUGGGGGCGGGUCCUGCUGUAGCAACAGAAUCCAUCAUUGCAAGAACACUGUUCAGUAGGCCUGGAGCACCGGAUGCGCCAGAGGUGACCAAAAUUGCUAAAGAUGAAAUGACCGUUUAUUGGUGCCCUCCUGAUAACGAUGGUGGAAAACCCAUCACUGGCUAUAUUCUUGAGAAGAAAGAAGAACACGCCAUCAGAUGGACUCCAGUUACUAAAUCUCCUACUGCAUCAACACAAAUGACUGUAACAGGAUUGUUAACUAACCAUGAAUACCAGUUCCGUGUCAAGGCAGAGAAUGAGAUUGGAGUUGGUGAUGCAAGCAAGCCGUCUAGAACAUAUACUGCAAGAGACCCUACUGGACCUCCUGGCCCUGUUGGAAACUUAAAGGUGACUGACAGUUCAAAGACUUCAAUCACACUUGGGUGGACAAAGCCAACAUAUGAUGGUGGUGCACCGCUCAUUGGAUAUGUAGUCGAAAUUAGAGUCAAAGGAACAGGCAAGAAGGGUGAAGAAGGAUGGAAGCGAUGCAAUGUUGCUGCUCAGCUGAUCGGGACCGAGUUCACAGUCACAAGUCUUGAUGAAAAACUUGAGUAUGAAUUCCGUGUUUCUGCCCAAAACCAGAUUGGUUUGAGCCAACCAACUAAUCUCGAUGGAGCUGUUUCACCACGGGAUAUUUUUGAGGCUCCUGAAAUCGGUUUGGACGCUGAACUCAAGAAAGGUCUUACAGUCAGAGCUGGAUGCCCAAUAAGAUUAGUUGCAACUGUCAGAGGACGACCACCACCUAAAGUGCAAUGGAGAAGAAUGGGAAUUGAUAAUGUUGUCAAGAAGGGUCAUGUGGAUGUAAUUGACACAAUGACAUUCCUUGUCAUUUCUGAUACCACCCGUGAUGAUUCUGGCAAAUACUCACUUAAUGUAUCAAGCCCAGCAGGAGAAAAGGCGGUGUUUGUCAACGUCAGGGUACUUGACACACCUGGACCUGUCGUUGGUCUGGAAGUCACAGACAUCACAAUGGUGUCUUGCAACCUCGCAUGGUCCCCACCAGAAAAUGACGGAGGCAGUGAAGUAACUCAUUACAUUGUUGAGAAGCGUGAAAUUGAUCGCAAGACCUGGGGAACAGUGAAAGCAGACGUGAACAAAACAGAACUCAAAGUCAGCAAUCUUGUACCAGGAACAGAGUAUUACUUCAGAGUUACCGCUGUAAAUGAGUAUGGUCCAGGUGUUCCAAAAGCCACCCAGAGAUCAUAUCUGGCCUCUGAUCCUAUCAGCAAACCUGACCCACCACAGAAGGUUGAUGUUUUAGAGAUUACUAAAAACAGUGCAAAGGUCGGCUGGGUGAAACCAAUGACAGAUGGUGGAGCUAAGAUUGAUGGCUAUAUAAUUGACUACCUGGAGCUUCCUGCACCCAAACCACCAAAGGAACCAAUGGUGGUUGAAGGUGUAGCGGAGCCUGGUGCUGAGCCUACACCACCACCACCACCUCCACCAGUGGUAGAAGAAGAAGAAGUAGAGAAAGUAAAGAAAGAAGAAUGGACACCAUAUACCACUGUAAAAGACUUAUUCAUAUCUGUUGCUGGGCUGAAGGAAGGAAGAAGAUAUCGCUUCAGAGUGGCUGCACGAAAUUCCAUGGGUGCCAGUCUUCCCACUGAAACCAGAGAGUCCUAUGAGAUCAAGGAACAAAUGUUGGAACCGAAGGUUAUAAUUCCUGAGCUUGUCACUGCAAAGGCAGGCACAAAAGUAAGAGUGGAGGCCCUUGUGUCAGGAAAGCCAGCACCUGUGUGCCAGUGGAAACGAGGAGAGGACAACGUGGUCUCCUCAAGUCGUCUUGCUGUUCACAAAUCUCAGAACAUGUGUGUGCUCAUCAUUAAAGACGUUUCCAGAACAGACAGUGGUCAAUAUAGCCUUGUUGCAGAGAACAGCUCAGGCAAAGUGGAGCAAGUUAUGAAAAUUAUCAUCAGAGAUAUUCCUGGACCACCUGAGCCUCCCUUCGAAAUCAGUGACAUUGACUCUGAUGCCUGCACACUCUCUUGGAACAAACCACUUGAAGAUGGUGGUAGUAAUAUUACCAACUAUGUGGUUGAGAAAUGUGAUGUGAGCAGAGGUGACUGGGUUACUGCACUUUCCAGCUGUGGCAAGACUGGUUGCAGACUUGGAAAACUUAUCCCAGGAAAGGAGUACACUUUCCGUGUUCGUGCAGAGAACCGUUUUGGCAUCUCAGAUCCCAUCACAUCUGAGAGAAUGAUAGCUAAGUUCCCAUUUGAUGUUCCUAGUGAACCACUGAACUGCAGAAUCACAAAAGUAAACAAGGACUGCAUGUUUGUGGCUUGGGAUAAGCCCGAGUCGGAUGGUGGCAGUCCCGUUACUGGAUACUACAUUGAGCGCAAAGAAAGAAAUAGCUUGCUAUGGGUUAAGGCUAAUGAUUCAGUUGUGCGCACCACUGAAUAUCCUUGUGCUGGUAUAAUUGAAGGUCUGGAAUACACUUUCAGAGUAUCUGCAAUUAAUCGUGCAGGACAGGGUAAACCAAGCAUAAAGACUGAAUUUGUCACAGCAAGAACACCAGUGGAUGCUCCAGGCAAACCAGAGGUACUCGACGUGACCAAGAAUACUGUUACACUGGUUUGGGCCAGACCAAAGAAUGAUGGUGGCAGCAAGAUCAUUGGAUACUAUGUAGAAGCCUUGAAGAUCCCUGAGGACAGGUGGAUACGAUGCAACACAAGCAGUCAGAACGUACCUCGGGAGGAGUACACCGUAACUGGAUUGGAUGAGGGAGCCCAGUAUCAGUUUAGAGUUUUUGCAAAAACAGCAGUUAACAUUAGCAGGCCAUCUGAAGCCACUGAUGCAAUUCUUGUAUCUGCAGAAAAUGUACCUCCUAGAAUAGAACUGACUAUACAGAUGAAGAAAAUGUUGCCCAAAAAGGCUGGCUCAGAUGUUUGCCUUGAGGCUGAAGUUUUUGGCAAACCGAUGCCCAAGGUGACCUGGAGCAAAGAUGGAAAAGACUUGACUGCUGAUAAAGACAUAAAGAUUUCUCAAAAGAGACAUCAGUUUUUGUUGAGCCUUCCUGCAGUUACAAAACUCCACACGGGAAUUUACACUAUUCAUGCAAAGAAUGCCAGUGGUUCUAAAUCUGAAGACAUCCAGCUUACAGUUUUGGACAUACCUGGUCCACCUGCUUCUAUCAAGUUGGAAGAGGUACUUUCUGAUCGCGUGAAGCUGAGUUGGACACCUCCACUUGCAGAUGGUGGUACACCAAUUACAAACUAUAUCGUUGACAAGCGUGAGUCGAGCAGAGCAAACUGGGCCCAAGUUUCUGUGAAGAUCGGUGGGGACGUAAGAGAGUUUUGUGUGGAGAGAUUAAUUAUGGGUCAUGAAUACCAAUUCCGUGUUCGAGCUGAGAACAGAUAUGGCAGUGGUGAUGCCAUCCUUUCAGAUCCUGUUGUUGCAAAGGAUCCCUUCACUGUUCCUGGACAAUGUGAUCCACCAAUUAUUACCAACAUCACAAAAGAGAAAAUGACUGUAAGCUGGAAGGAGCCUUCUGAUGAUGGCAAAUCUCCCAUCCUUGGAUACAUCGUUGAAAAGCGUGAGAGCAAAGAAAUAAACUGGACCAAACUCAACAGGAAACCUUUACUGGAAAGAUCACUUGAAGUUGGAGGUCUCUCAGAGGGGACUCAGUAUGAGUUUAGAGUUACUGCUGUUAACAAAGCUGGUCCUGGCAAACCCAGUGAGCCAUCCAAUGCUGCGGCUGCAGUUGAUCCUAUCUAUCCUCCUGGACCACCAGUUUCCCCUAAAGUUACUGACACAAGUAACAGCACUAUUAGCCUGUCCUGGACUAAACCUGCAAAUAAUGGUGGAAGUGAAAUUUUGGGAUACCUAGUCGAAUGCAAGAGAACUAAUACAGCAGACUGGAUCCGUUGCAAUGUCCCCAAGAACCUACAGGAGACACACUAUGUUGUCACCGGACUUUUGGAAAAAUCCGAAUAUCAGCUACGCAUUAGCGCCGUCAACAAAGUUGGCUUUAGCCAGCCAUGUGAAGUUCCAGACAGACAUGUAGCAAAGGAUGUAUUUGUCGCACCUGAAGCUGAACUCGAUGCCCAGCUUAAGGAUACACUGGUGCUACAGGCUGGUGCACGAAUGAAACUUCAUGCCAAAAUUAAGGGUCGCCCGUUUCCAAGGGUUACAUGGGCAAAGAUGAAUACCAACAUCAAGAACAGACAAGGAAUCGUCAUCAAAGUCACAGACAAUGACACGAUGGUCUAUGUUGAAAGAGUAAAUAGAUAUGAUGCAGGAAAAUACAUUCUUAACCUUGAAAGCAUCAGCGGGAUGAAGAUGUACACAGUUGUUGUCAAGGUUCUUGAUACACCUGGGCCACCACUUAAUCUGAUGGUGAAAGAGACAUCAAAGGACAGUGCAUCUAUCUUCUGGGAUGAACCACUAAUUGAUGGUGGAAGUGAGAUUUUAGGUUACAUUGUAGAAAAACGUGACGCAGAGAGAAAGGCGUGGUCCAACGUUUCAAGCAGCUGUAACAAAACGUCUUUUAAGGUUGAAGGUUUGGAGGCUGGUAGAUUUUACUACUUCAGAGUAUUGGCUCAUAAUAAGUAUGGUACUGGUGAGCCUGGUGAAACAACAGAUGCUGCCAGAGCCUCUGAACAACCUGGACCAGUCUUGGACUUCAAGCCUUUGCUAGUAACCAGAGAUUCAUGCACUCUUUCUUGGAAGAAACCCAUUAGUGAUGGUGGUAGUCGAAUUACUGCAUAUGUCCUUGAGGUUCUUAAUGGUGAAGACAAGUGGAAGGAGCUUCUAAGAUCAAAGAACAUGCAAUAUAGUGCCAAAGAUCUUAUUGAAGGAAGGGAAUACAAAUAUAGAGUAAUGGCAACUAAUGAUGCAGGUGAUGGUCCAGCAAAAGAACUCUCCAUUGUGGCAAAGGAUGUACUUGUUCCUCCCAGCUGUGAUUUACGAGAUUUGCCAAACUUGAACUACAUUGCAAAGGAGGGAAGCACUGUCCGCCUCAAGAUUCCAAUCAUUGGCAAACCCGUCCCAACUGUCUCAUGGAAGAAGGGCGAGGAUGAAAAUCUGACAGACACCGGAAGAGUGUGUGCUGAAUCAACAGCUGUUAACACAACUUUACUGAUUCGGGAUUGCCAGAGGAGUGAUGGAGGAAAAUAUACAAUCACUCUUCGUAAUAGUGCUGGUUCAAAAGAGUCUGCUAUCUUUGUAAGAGUCGUUGGCAAACCAGGAAUCUGUUUGGGACCCAUCAAGUUUAAGGAAGUGACUGCUGAUGGAGCUACCCUGAAGUGGGGUGCUCCUAAAGAUGACGGCGGUUCAGAAGUCACCAACUACAUUCUAGAGAAACGGGAUUCUGUUACCAAUAUGUGGGUAACUGUUUCCUCAGCAGUGGACACCACCAUGUUCAGAGUGUCUGGUCUCCAUGAGGGAACAGAGUAUAUCUUCAGAGUUUCAGCAGAAAACAAGUAUGGAGUUGGCGAGGGUCUUAAAUCAGAACCUGUGGUUGCCAAACAUCCAUUCAACGUUCCAGAUGCACCGCCUCCACCACAAAUCAUGAGCAUGCGUCAUGAAUCAGCAACCCUGGCUUGGUCUGAUCCAAGAAAAACUGGUGGUUCACCAAUCACAGGCUACCAUGUUGAAUUCAAGGAAAGAAACAGCAUGUUAUGGAAAAGAGCUAAUCCAGCCCCAAUAAAAAUGAGAGAUUAUAAAGUAAAAGGUUUAACUGAGGGUCUAGAGUAUGAGUUUAGAGUAAUGGCUAUAAAUUUGGCUGGUGUUGGUAAGCCAAGUCCUCCAACUGAGCCAAUGGUCGCUUUGGAUCCUAUUGAUGCUCCUGGCAAACCUGAUGUCAUCAGCAUCACAAGGAGCACUGUCACACUUCAAUGGACUGAACCUCAGUAUGAUGGCGGCCACAGGCUUACAGGCUACAUUGUUGAGAGACGUGACCUUCCUGCCAAGGUCUGGGUGAAAGCCAACCCUGUUAAUGUUGUGGAGUGUGCAUACACAGUAACGAAUAUGCAAGAGGGCUGCAAGUUUGAGUUCAGAAUCAGAGCCAAGAACGCAGCUGGAGCCAUAAGCCCACCAUCUGAACAAACUGACACCCUUAUGUGCAUGGAUGAAUAUGCGGCACCAACCAUUAUCAUCGAUUCCACAGUAAAGGAAGGGCUUACAGUCAGAGCUGGAGAAACAAUUAUUAUUACAGCAACAAGUAUUCUGGGCAAACCUGCACCUACCUCAGUCUGGUCAAAGGGAGGAAAGUACUUCAAGCCAUCAGAUGUGUGCCAGAUUGAAACGACUCCUACUUCUUCUACUCUGUUCAUCAAAUACGCUAGCAGGAAGAAUUCAGGAGAGUACACCAUUACAGCAAGCAAUCCAUUCGGUGUCAAAGAAGAGACUGUGAAUGUAAAAGUUCUGGAUGUUCCUGGACCACCAGGACCAAUUGUAACAAGUGGAGUCUCAUCAGAAAAGGUCACGUUAACCUGGACACCACCUACAGAAGAUGGUGGAUCUCCAAUUGCAUAUUAUGUUUUAGAGAAGAGGGAAACAAGCCGUCUUCUUUGGACAAUCCUUGCAGAAAAGGUUCUUGACUGCCAUUUCGUGGCAAAUAAACUAAUCCAAGGAAAUGAAUAUGUAUUCCGUGUCUCAGCUGUCAACAACACUGGUACUGGAGAUUAUGCAACUUCAGAUCCAGCCAAGAUGGUGGAUAAUUAUGGUCCACCAGGCCCACCAUCAAGACCAGAAGUAGAAAAUGUUGGAGCCAAGACUGCUACAGUUACAUGGAAGAGACCAGCUGAGGAUGGAGGCAGUGAUAUCACAGGUUACAUGGUUGAGAAAAAGGAAAAGAAAGGCAUGAGAUGGGUAAGAGCGUCCAAGCAAACAGUACCUGACCUUCAACUGGAGGUACAAGGUCUAAUCGAAGGAAUGGAAUAUCAGUUCAGAGUAACUGCUGAAAACAAGGCCGGCUUUGGUGAACCCAGCGAACCAUCUCAACAUGUUACAACGAAGGUCAUGGCAGAUGUACCUGGACCUCCGAUCAACCCAAGAGUAACUGAUACAACAAAAACCACAGCAGAAUUGCACUGGGGCAAGCCUCUUGACGAUGGCGGCAUGUCUGUUACAGGGUAUAUUAUUGAGCACAACAAGGAUGGAGAAGAGGCAUGGGUGAAGGACACCCCCACACCUUUGACGAUCAGUGAAUUUGUUGUUCCAGGCCUAGUGACCGGAGCAAAGUAUCAUUUUAGAAUCAGUGCCGUGAAUGCUAUGGGAAUAGGCAAACCAGCACAAACAGCAGAACUUGUCGAAAUAGUUGAGCGUGAAGAAAUACCCGACCUGGAACUUGAUGUGGAAUUGAGAAGAACACUAGUGGUCAGAGCUGGAAACUCUAUUCGCAUAUUUGUUCCAAUUAAAGGCCGCCCAACUCCAAAAGUGACUUGGACAAAGGAUGAGUCUGCGCUUAGAACUCGUGCAUUCAUUGACAAUACAGAGUCUUACACUCUUUUAGUUAUCCCUGAUUGCAACAGAUAUGAUGCUGGAAAGUAUGACUUGACAUUAGAGAAUGCUGCUGGGAAAAAGUCUGCCUUUGUCAAUGUUAAAGUUUUGGAUUCCCCUGGGCCUCCUAUCAAUCUUAAACCAAAAGCUAUUGACAAAGAAAGCAUCACAUUACAGUGGGAAAUGCCUCUUAUCGAUGGUGGUGCAAAGAUUACUAAUUAUAUUAUCGAAAAACGAGAAGCCACUCGUAAGGCAUAUGCUGCUGUGACAACAAAAUGUGAAGCAUGUUCAUUAACAGUUACAAAUCUGUCAGAGGGUUCCGAGUAUUACUUCAGAGUAUACGCUGAAAAUGAAUUUGGAAUUGGCGAAGCAGCUGAAACCUCAGAUCCCAUCAGAGCAUCUCAAGCACCAACUCCCCCCAACACAGUCACAAUUACUGAUGUCACUAAAAACUCAGUAAGUCUUGCAUGGACCAAACCGAAACACGAUGGUGGAAGCAGAAUUACUGGGUACGUUAUCGAGGCUCAGAAAAAGGGAACAGACCAGUGGACUCAUGUGAACACAGUGAAAUCUCUCAACUUUACGGUAAAGAAUCUGAAUGAAAAUGAGGAGUACAUAUUCGGUAUAAUGGCCGUAAAUCUAUCUGGUAGAAGCAAACAUCGUGUAAGCAAGCCUGUUGUUAUACGAGAACAAAGCACAGAACCAGAAUUUGACCUCCGUGGCAUCUGUCAGAAGACAAUCAUUGCAAAGGCUGGAGGUGACAUUAAAGUGGAGAUCCCUGUGACUGGGCGUCCUAAACCAACAGUUACCUGGCAGAAAGAUAAUCACGCUCUUAAGCUGACACAACGAACAAUGCUGGAAAAUACCUCUGUCUCAUCUAUCUUAACCAUAAACGAAUGUUUGAGAAGUGACAGUGGAGUGUAUACUAUAACAGGAAAGAACAUAGUUGGAUCAGUUUCUGACAACAUCAUUAUCAAAGUACAUGAUGUUCCCGGACCACCAAAGGGACCGAUUAAAUUGGACAAAAUAUCUCGUACAUCCAUUGAGUUUUCAUGGGGCUCACCUGAAAAUGAUGGCGGUGUACCAAUCAAUAACUAUAGCGUUGAAAUCAAAGAAACAACCAGUCAAACGUGGGUAGAACUGUCUUCAAUGAUCAUCCGAACAACAUUUAAAGCAACUCGCCUAACCACAGGGGUGGAGUACCAAUUCCGUGUAAGAGCCAAAAACAGAUAUGGUGCAGGACCUCCAAUUACAUCAGAGGCUGUAGUUGCUGCAUAUCCAUUUAAGGCACCUGGACCACCAGGAACUCCCAAGGUUGUCGCCUUCACCAAGGACACAAUGACAGUUGGGUGGAAUGAACCAGUUAAUGACGGCGGAAGUGAAGUUAUUGGAUAUCAUGUUGAACGGAAGGACAGAAGUAGCAUCGUCUGGCACAGAAUUAGUAAAACUCUUGUCAUCGGAAACCAAUUCAAAACAACUGGAUUGGAUCCUGGCACUGCAUAUGAAUUCCGUGUGUUCGCUGAAAAUAUAGCUGGAAUUGGAAAACCAAGCAAGGCAUCUGAACCAAUACUUGCUCUUGAUCCAGUAGAUCCACCUGGUCAGCCUGUACCAGUAGCUGUGUCCAAAAAUGCAAUCACUAUUCAGUGGACAAAGCCAGAAUAUGAUGGUGGGUUCAAAAUUACAGGCUACAUCGUGGAAAAACGAGACUUACCAGCUGGACGUUGGAUAAGAGCGAACUUCACAAAUAUUAUUGAAACUACCUUUACUGUUAGUGGUCUAACUACAAAUGAAUCGUAUGAAUUCAGAGUGCUUGCAAGAAAUUCAGCCGGCGCUGUUAGCAAUCCAUCGGACCAUUCUGAUCCAGUAAUGUGUAAAGAUGAAGUUGAAGAACCGAAAAUUAUGGUUGAUGCUAAAUUUAAAGAUGUUGUGCUUAUUAGAGCGGGAGACACCUUCAAACUUGAGGCUGAUGUUGCAGGUCGGCCACUACCAACCAUGGCUUGGACCAAGGAUGAGAAGGACGUUGAAAAUACGGCUAAGUUACAGAUAAAAAUGACAGACCUUACUACUACUUUAGUCAACAAGGACUCUCUCAGAAAAGAUGGAGGUAAAUUCAUUCUUACAGCAACCAAUGUGGGUGGACUGGCUAAACACGUGUUCAAUGUUAAGGUCCUUGACAGACCAGGACCACCUGGAGGUCCUCUUAAAGUUUCUGAUCUAACAGCAGAGAAAUGUGUGCUUACAUGGAGUCCACCUGACGAUGAUGGUGGGGCUGCAAUUGAACAUUAUGUCAUUGAAAAACGGGAGUCAAGCAGACUUGCUUGGACGAAUGUGGCCACAGGCUUGCAAGUAACCAAGUUCCAAGUGACAAAACUGCUGAAAGGAAAUGAAUACAUUUUCAGAGUAAUGGCUGUUAAUAAAUAUGGAGUUGGGGAGCCCCUUGAGUCAGAGCCAAAGAUUGCAGAAAACCCUUACGUUCCACCUGAUCCCCCACAAACCCCUCAGAUUACAGCAGUUACCAAAGAUUCAAUGGUGCUUUGCUGGGGAGCUCCUGCUAAUGAUGGUGGAAGUGAAAUCACCAACUACAUUAUCGAGAGAAGAGACAGGAUUGGUUUGCGCUGGGUCAAAUGCAACAAAAAGAAGGUCACUGAUUUGCAAUUCAAGGCUACCGGACUUGUUCCAGGACAUGAAUAUGAAUUCAGAGUAUUUGCAGAGAAUGCAGCUGGAGUCAGUGCACCGAGUCCCUCGAGUCCCUAUACAAAAGCUACAGACGCUCUGUUUAAACCUGGCUCACCUGGCAACCCAAGAAUCUUGGACACGACAAGUUCCUCCAUUACAAUUGCAUGGAAUAAACCGCUUUAUGAUGGUGGCUCAGAAAUCACGGGAUAUAUCGUUGAGACCUGUGUACCAGGCACUGAAGAGGAGGAAUGGACAAUUGUUUCUCCUAAAGAAGGACUGAAAGGAACAUCAUUUACAAUAACAAAUCUUAAGGAAAAUCAAGAAUACAAAAUCAAUAUCUCAGCUGUCAACAGUGAAGGUGUUGGAGAAGCUGCAUCUGUUCCUGGUUCACCAAAGGCUGAAGAACGACUUUUACCACCAGAAAUUGACCUUGAUGCUGAUCUCCGUAAGGUUGUGAACAUCAGAGCCUGUAACACAUUAAGACUCUUCGUGCCAAUUCGAGGAAGACCAACUCCAGAGGUCAAAUGGUCAAGAGAGAACGAUGAACCAUUGGACAGAGCUACUAUUGAAAGCACGUCAUCUUUCACAUCUCUAGUCGUGGGAAAUGUGAAUAGAUUUGAUAGCGGUAAAUAUAAUCUAACUGUUGAAAACAGCUCAGGAAGCAAGACAGUUUCUGUAACUGUUAGAGUUCUAGACACACCCGGAGCACCACAAAAUCUCCAAAUCAGCAAAGUUACCAGAGACUCUGUCUCACUGAUAUGGGAUCCUCCACUAAAUGAUGGAGGCACAAAUGUUAAGAACUAUGUUGUAGAGAAGCGUGAGGCAACAAGAAAGGCCUAUGCUACAGUCAAUGCUAAUUGUCACAAAACUACAUGGACUAUUGAGCAACUUCAGGAAGGAUGCAAUUACUACUUCAGAGUUCUGGCAGAAAAUAUGUAUGGCAUCGGCCUACCUAUUGAAACCCCUGAAUCAGUCAAAGUGUCAGAGAAACCGCUUCCACCAGGAAAGAUUACACUCCAAGACGUUACAAAAACGAGUGUUUCACUUUCAUGGGAGAAGCCUGAACACGAUGGAGGCAGUAGAGUCGUUGCAUAUGUUGUGGAGAUGCUAAGUAAAGGCAGUGAGAAAUGGACACAGUCUAUGAUCGUUAAAGUUCCAGAAGCAGUUAUUACUGGGCUUACUCCUGGUGAGGAGUACAUGUUCCGUGUUUCAGCAAGGAAUGAAAAGGGCACCAGUGACCCACGACAAAUUGGUGUUCCAGUGAUUACUAAAGACCUUGUAAUUGCUCCAUCUGCUAAGCUGCUAUUUUCAACGUUUAGUGUCCUUGCUGGAGAGGAUUUGACGAUAGAUAUUCCAUAUACUGCUCGUCCCAAAGCCACUGUUUCCUGGGUGAAGGAUGAUGCACCACUCAAACGUACCACAAGGGUUAAUUUCUCUUCCACAGACACCAAGCUGAAUCUUGUAAUCAAAGAAGCAUGUAGAGAUGAUGUCGGACAGUACAGCAUAAAACUCUCUAACACCGCUGGGGAGACAUCAGUGAACAUUGGAGUAGUUGUUCUUGAUAAACCAGGCCCACCACUUGGCCCAGUAAAAGUUGAGGAGGUAACAUCUGACAGUGUCACUAUUUCAUGGAAACCACCAGAGUAUGAUGGAGGCUGCACCAUUAAGAAUUAUAUGGUGGAGAAAAGAGACACCUCGACUACAAACUGGGUGAUUGUGGCAGCAAAUCUAGCCAGAACCAAGGUCAAAGCUGGAAGACUUAAAACAGGAACUGAAUAUCAAUUCAGAAUCACUGCUGAGAACAGAUAUGGGAAGAGUCCUCUGCUUGUUUCUGAGUGUGUUGUGGCACAGUAUCCAUAUAAGCUUCCGGGACCUCCUGGAACACCCUUCAUUCACUCUUCAACUAAAGACAGCAUGCUUGUGGUGUGGAAUGAGCCAGUCAUUGAUGGCGGAAGCACAAUUCUGGGGUACCAUCUUGAACGUAAAGAAAGAAACAGCAUCCUCUGGAUUAAGCUCAAUAAGAGCAUAAUUAAAGAUACAACUUACAAGACCACAGGCCUUGAAGAAGGACUUGAAUAUGAAUUCAGAGUCUAUGCUGAAAACAUUGUUGGUAUCGGUAAGGCAAGCAAAAUCUCAGAGGGCCAUGUUGCUCGAGACCCUUGUGAUCCACCUGGCACCCCUGAGGCAGUUAAAAUCACACGAGAUUCUAUCACAAUCACAUGGACCAAGCCUGAGUAUGACGGUGGAAGCAAAGUCACCGGCUAUAUUGUUGAAAAGAAGGAAUUGCCCGAAGGACGCUGGAUAAAGGCCAACUUUACCAAUGUUAUCGAGACAGAGUAUACAGCAACAGGUAUUGUAGAAGACCAAAAAUAUGAGUUCCGUGUCAUUGCAAGAAAUGCAGCUGCAGUUUUUAGUGGUCCUUCCUACAGCACUGGACCAAUUACUGCAAAGGAUGAGAUUGAGCCACCUCGCAUUAGCAUUGAUCCACAGUACACACAAACAAUUGUGAUAAAUGCAGGGGAGACAUUUAAGAUUGAUGCAGAUGUUCACGGAAAACCACUACCAACAAUUCACUGGAUGAAAGGAGAUCAAGAACUUGGUAACACCAUACAUCGUGUGAUUAAAAACACUGAUCGCUUUGCUUGUUUGUCUGUUAAAGAGGCCAAACUUGCUGAUGGAGGCCAGUAUACUUUGCUGCUAAGAAACCCAGGUGGUGAGAAAACUGUUAAUGUAAAUGUCAGAGUCCUGGAUAAACCUAGUGCACCAGAGGGUCCCAUCGUCAUUACAGAUGUUACCAGUGAACAGUGCUGCCUUUCUUGGAAACCUCCCAAAUUGGAUGGUGGAAGCAAGAUUACUCACUAUACUGUUGAACGAAGAGAGACAAGCAGACUUAUUUGGACACUGGUUGAUGCUAAAGUUCCAACGGAAACUAUAAAAGUCACAAAACUUCUCGAGGGCAAUGAAUACAUUUUCAGGGUUCAACCAGUGAAUAAAUAUGGAGUUGGAGAAGCACUUCAGUCAGACCCAGUUCUUAUUAAGGAUCCAUUUAUGCUUCCAGACUCUCCAAAAGGACUUGAAGUCUCCAAUGUCAAGAAAGACUCAAUGGUAUUGAGUUGGGAGGCACCUACAAGUAAUGGUGGUACUCCUAUUAUUGGAUACAUUAUUGAGAAACAUGACAAGGAGGGUGUAAGAUGGAUCAGAUGCAACAGACAAGUUGUCACUGACCUUAGCUUUAAAGUUACAGGACUACUCGAAGGACAUCUCUAUGAAUUCAGAGUUGCAGCUGAAAAUGCUGUUGGAGCUGGAGAGCCAAGCUCAGCAACGGUAUACUAUAAGGCUCAGGAUCCUGUAUUCAAGCCAGGGGCACCACAUAAUCCUAAAGUGAUUGACACAACCAAAUCAUCUGUGUCACUCGCAUGGGGAAAACCUAUUUAUGAUGGUGGGUGUGAAAUCCAAGGAUAUAUUGUAGAGUUGUGUGAGGUAAAAGCUCCAGCAGCAGAAGUAAAACCCGCUCAAGAGGGCGAAGCAGCAGCAGACGUCACAGUCGCUGAAGAAUGGACAAUGUGCACCCCACCAACCGGUGUUAAAUUAACAUCCUUUAUUGUGGAAAAACUGAAAGAAAAACAGGAAUACAAAUUCAGGGUUUGUGCAAUCAACAAGGUGGGUGUUGGUGAGCAUGCAGAUGUUGCUGGCCACAUCCUUCCAGAGGACAAGACUGAAGAGCCAGAUCUUGACAUAGAUUCUGAGUUCAGGAAGCUUGUCAAUAUUAAAGCUGGAGGAUCUCUCCGAAUUUUCAUUUCCAUCAAAGGACGUCCUGCGCCUCAGAUUAAAUGGGAGAAAGAUGAAUGCCCGAUUAAAGAGACAGCUCAAGUUGAGGUUACAAGUAGUUACACUUCUCUUGUGAUUGACAAAGUAAACAGAAAUGAUAGUGGAAAAUACUGUGUAAUUGCAGAAAACUCUUCUGGUGUAAAGUCUGCAACUAUUAGCGUAAGGGUCCUUGACACACCCAGUGCUCCAGUUAAUCUGAAGGUACAAGAAAUCACAAGAGAGUCUGUCACACUGUCAUGGGAACCUCCUACUCUGGAUGGAGGAGCCAAGAUAAAAAAUUACAUCGUUGAAAAACGUGAAACUACAAGAAAAACUUUCUCCGCUGUGGUGACAAAUUGCCAUAAAUUGUCCUGGAAGAUUGAUCCACUUCAAGAGGGCUGCAGUUACUAUUUCAGAGUUCUUGCAGAAAAUGAGCAUGGCAUUGGAUUACCUGCCGAUAUUACCGAUCCUCUGAAAGUAUCAGAAGUGCCUCAAUGUCCUGGAAAAUUAAGUGUUGUUGAUGUAACGAAAACAAGUGUCUCUCUUGCCUGGGAAAGACCUGUUCAUGAUGGCGGCAGUAGAAUCCUCCAGUACCUUGUUGAAAUGCAAGUGAAAGGAAAUGAGAAAUGGUCUUGUUGUACAAAUGUAAAAACACUAGAGGCUGUUAUUAAUAAUCUGAACCCAGGUGAAGAGUACACUUUUAGAGUAAUUGCUGUUAAUGAGAAAGGAAAGAGUGACCCCAGAACACUUGCUGUACCAGUACAAGCAAAGGAUCUAGUCAUCGAACCAGAUGUUAGACCUGCAUUUACCAAUUACAGUGUUCGUGUCGGAAAAGACCUACAGGUUGAAAUUCCAGUGUCAGGACGCCCCAAACCAAAGGUCACAUGGACAAAGGAUGGCGCUUCACUUAAAUUUACAACAAGAGUGAACAUUUCUAAUACACCACAUAGCACAAUUCUAAGUAUCAAAGAAGCUGCCAGAGAGGAUGGUGGCAUGUACGGAAUUAACGUUUCAAAUGUGGUUGGACAAAAGGAUGCAACUGUUGAAAUCAUCACUCUUGACAAACCAGGCCCACCAUCUGGCCCCGUAAGAUUUAAUGAGGUAACAGUAUCAAGUGUAACACUGUCAUGGGACCCACCAAAGUACACUGGUGGUUGUCCAGUUUCAAACUACAUUGUACAAAAGAGAGACACAACUACCACCACAUGGGAAAAUGUCUCUGUCUCUGUGGCAAGAACAACGCUAAAAGCUCUCAGACUAAAGACUGGUUCUGAGUAUCAGUUCAGGAUUAUUGCUCAGAACAGGCUCGGCAAGAGUUUUGCAUUAGAUUCUUCAGCUGUUGUAGCUCAAUACCCAUACAGAGAACCCGGUCCACCUGGUACUCCAUUCGUGUCAUCCUUGUCAAGAGAUCACAUGGUUGUUGAGUGGCAUGAACCAGUUUCAGAUGGAGGCAGUACUGUUAUUGGAUAUCAUCUUGAAAGAAAAGAGAGAAACAGUAUCCUUUGGACAAAAAUUAACAAAACACUUAUUCAAGACACAAAAUUCAAAACCAGCCCACUGGAAGAAGGUAUUGAAUAUGAGUUCAGGGUGUAUGCUGAGAACAUUGUUGGCAUUGGUCGGUGCAGUAAAAUCUCAGAGGGCUACAUAGCCCGUGACCCAUGUGAUCCACCAGGCACUCCAGAAGCUAUCCAUGUCACCAAGGACUCAAUAACAAUCCAGUGGACAAAGCCAGAAUAUGACGGAGGAAGUGUAAUAACUGGCUACACUGUUGAAAAACGUGAUCUUCCAGAAGGACGCUGGACAAAAGCUAGUUUCACAAAUGUCAUUGAAACGCAAUUUACUAUUACUGGACUUACAGAGGGAGCCAAAUAUGACUUUAGAGUAUAUGCAAAGAAUGCUGUUGGCACUAUUAGCAUACCAUCUUUCAACAGUGGACCUAUUGCUGCGCUGGAUGAAGUUGAGCCGCCAAAGUUUUCAAUUGAUCCUGAAUUUACCAAAACUCUUAUUGUCAAUGCUGGUGAUACGUUCAAACUUGAUGCAGAUGUCCAUGGCAAACCAGUACCAACAAUUCAGUGGUUCAAGGGUGACAAGCAACUUGAAAACACUUUAAGAUGUGAGAUUAAGAACACUGAAACCAGAGCUAUGAUUGUAGUAAAGGAUGCACUCAGACAUGAUUCUGGAGACUAUAAUCUUCAUCUUAAUAAUGUUGCUGGUUCACAAACAUUUUCAUUCCAAGUAAAAGUAAUGGAUAAACCCAGUCAACCAGAAGGGCCUCUUAAUGUCACAGGCGUAUCAAGUGAUAAAUGCACACUGUCAUGGCGUCCCCCACAACAUGAUGGUGGAAGCACAGUCACUCAUUAUAUUAUUGAAAGACGUGAAACAAGUCGCCUUGCUUGGGCUGUUGUCUCUAGUGACUGUAAAGCCACAACGUUGAAAGUAACAAACCUUCUUGAAGGCAAUGAAUAUAUCUUCCGUGUCAUGGCUGUCAACAGCCACGGUGUUAGCGAGUCUAUCACCUCGUCAUCUGUAUUAAUUAAGAAUCCUUUUGUACCCCCUGGAUCACCACAUAUUUUGGAAGUGACCAACAUUGCCCGGGAUGCUAUGACUGUGUGCUGGAGUGCACCAGAGGUUGAUGGUGGAAGUCCCAUUAUUGGGUACAUAAUUGAAAAGAAAGAUCGUUCUGGAAUAAAGUGGACCAGGUGCAACAGACAGAAGGUGACGGAUGUAUGUUUCAGAGUGCAAGGUUUGAUAGAGGAUCAUGAGUAUGAGUUCAGAGUUUCAGCUGAAAAUACAGCUGGAAUUGGUGAACCUAGCUUACCAACAUCAUACUACAAGGCUUGUGAUCCUAAAUAUAAACCUGGCCCACCCACAAAUGCACAUGUGAUUGACACCACAAAGAGCUCAAUUUCAUUGGCAUGGGGUAAACCCCUUAAUGAUGGUGGAAGUGCUAUUCAAGGAUACAUUGUUGAGAUAUGCAAAGCUGAGGAGGAUGCAUGGACUAUGUGCACUCCCCCAACUGGUUUGCGUGUCAAUAAAUUUGAAAUCUCCAAACUAACCGAACAACAGGAAUAUAAGAUUCAGAUCUGUGCCAUCAAUAAACUCGGUGUGGGUGAGUCUGCAGUAAUUCCUGGCACUGUCAAACCAGAGGACAAACUUGAAAUUCCUGAAAUUUAUCUUGAUUCAGAGCUAAGGAAAGGCAUAGUUGUUCGUGCAGGAGGAUCAGUAAGAAUCAACGUGCCUUUCAAAGGAAGACCAGCGCCAGAAAUUAAAUGGACUAAGGAUGAAGGAGAAUUGUCAGAGAGGACAGUGAUUGAAAAGGGUCUGAAUUUUACACAGCUUUCGAUUGACUCAUGUGACAGAAGGGAUUCUGGAAAAUACACCGUUUCCCUUCAGAACAGCAGUGGCUCUGUGUCUGAAUUUGUAGCCGUAAAAGUAUUAGAUACUCCAGGAGCUCCGCUCAACCUGGUGGUAAAAGAUGUUAAAACAGACUCGAUUACACUGGUCUGGGAUCCACCACUUACUGAUGGAGGUGCUAAAAUAAAACAUUACGUUGUUGAUAAGCGUGAAUCCACAAGAAAAGCGUAUGCUAAUGUCACAGCCAAGUGUAGCAAGACAACCUUUAAGGUGGAAAAUCUUGCAGAAGGAUCUAUGUACUACUUCAGAGUUAUGGCUGAAAACGAAUAUGGAAUUGGUCUACCAGUUGAAACCAAGACUGCAUCAAAGGCCUCUGAAGUUCCUCUGCCAGUUGACAAGGUCAUGUUAACUGAUGUUACAAAAGUCAGUGCAUCUCUAGCCUGGGAGAAACCAGAGCAUGAUGGUGGAAGCAGAAUUGCAGGCUACCUAAUUGAAAUGCAACCCAAGGGAACAGACAAGUGGGGUGUCGCAGCAUCUGUCAAAACAUGUGAAGGCACAGUUACUGGACUAACAGCAGGCCAAGAAUAUCUGUUCCGUCUUAUUGCUUAUAAUGAGAAAGGAAAGAGUGAGCCGAAGCUCCUUGCUGCACCUGUUAUUGCCAAUGAUUUAACAAUUGAACCCAGCCUGAAAGUGCAGUUCAAUACAUACAGUGUCAAAUCCGGUAAUGAUCUCAAACUGGAAAUACCUGUAUUUGGACGUCCAAAGCCAAAGGUAACUUGGAUAAAAGAUGGACAAGCUCUUAAAGUGACAUCAAGAAUCAGUACUUCAAACACACCUACAUCAGCUAUUAUUCAGAUUACUGAGGCCAAUAAAGAUGAUUUUGGAAAGUAUUCAAUCACUGCAACAAACACUGCUGGAACGAUCACAGAGGAGAUUGGAAUUAUUAUUCUUGAUAAGCCUGGUCAGCCAACAGGUCCAAUUAAAGUCAAUGAAGUGACCAACAGCUCUGUCACAAUCUCAUGGGAUCCUCCAUCAUACAUUGGUGGCUGCCAGAUAAAGCAUUAUAUCGUUGAAAAGCGUGACACUACGACAACAACAUGGGAAAGUGUAGCUGGAUCAGUUGCCAGGACAUCACUUAAAAUAACAAAACUUAAAACCAGUGCUGAAUACCAGUUUAGAGUCAUUGCUGAAAACCGAUAUGGUAAAAGUGCAGCUUUGGAGUCCAAGGCUAUUCUUGUUCAGUAUCCAUAUAAACCUCCUGGACCACCUGGAACUCCAUUUGUAAAGUCUGCCACUAAGGAACAAAUGAUAAUUGAGUGGAAUGAACCUGUUAAUGAUGGUGGAAGCUCAGUGAUUGGAUACCACCUGGAGAGCAAAGAACGAACAAGCAUCCUAUGGACAAAGCUGAACAAAACUCUCAUUACUGAUACCAUGUUUAAGAUAUGUAAUCUUGAGGAGGGCGCUGGUUAUGAAUACAGAGUCUAUGCUGAGAACAUUGUUGGUAUCGGCAGAGCCAGCAAGGUUUCAGAGAGUUUUGUAGCCCGUGAUCCAUGUGAUCCACCUGGUACUCCAGAAGCUAUUGCUGUAUCAAAUAACCAUAUUUUAAUAAAGUGGACAAAGCCUCAAUAUGAUGGUGGCAGCAAAGUGACUGGAUAUAUCGUUGAAAAGAGAGACUUGCCCCAAGGCCACUGGAUGAGAGAAAACUUCACUAACAUAAUUGAGACUGAAUAUGACAUUACUGGUUUAACAGCAGACCAACAGUAUGAAUUUAGAGUAAUAGCAAGAAAUGCUGCUGGUAUUUUCAGUGAACCUUCUGAGACCACUGGACCAAUUACUGCAAAAGAUGAAAUUGAACCUCCAACUGUUUCGAUGGAUCCUAAGUACAAGGAUGUCAUUGUUAUAAAUGCUGGAGAGAAUUUAGUUCUUGAUGCAGAUAUACAUGGAAAACCCAUUCCUGAUGUCCAGUGGGUAAAAGAAGGAAAGGAAAUAUUUAGGACUCUACGGACUGAGAUAAAAACAACCCAGAAGAGUGCCAGUAUUACGAUCAAAGACUGCAGAAGAUUAGACAGUGGCCAUUAUGAUCUUGUACUGAAGAACCCUGGUGGCACUAAAACAAUUCCGAUCACUGUGAGAGUUCUUGAUACACCUGGUUCUCCUACUGGUCCACUACGGGUAUUUGGUGUUAUGUCUGAUAGAUGUACUUUGGCCUGGACUGAGCCUUCUCUGGAUGGUGGUGCUAACAUUUCUCACUACAUUCUUGAAAAGAAAGAAACCAGCCGGUUGUCAUGGACUCUGGUUGAAUCUACCAUUCAAGCUACCAGCUACAAAGUAACAAAUCUUCUGCCUGGUGAUGAAUACAUUUUCAGAGUUAAAGCUGUGAACAAAUAUGGAAUUGGUGACCCGCUGGAGUCUGAGCCAGUAAUUGCUUGCAAUCCAUAUAAACCACCAAGUGCACCAUCAGCACCAGAAGCAAGUAAAAUAACCAAGGAUUCAAUCGUUCUUUCAUGGAAUGCCCCGGAAAGUGAUGGUGGAACAGAAAUUAUUGGUUAUCAUCUGGAGAAACGGGACAAAGAUGGAGUAAGAUGGACCAAAUGCAACAGACAAAAGCUAACUGACCUUCACUUUACCGUUACUGGUCUUUCUGAAGGACAUUUCUAUGAAUUCCGUGUGGCUGCAGAAAAUGCAGCUGGUGUGGGAGUACUAAGUGACUUAUCCAACUUCUACAGAGCAAUAAAUGCACUGACUCCUCCCGGACCACCACAUCAUCCUAAAGUUACUGACACUUCGACCUCAUCAGUCUCUCUGGCUUGGGGUAAACCGGCUUAUAAUGGUGGAGCAUACAUUAAAGGUUAUGUUGUUGAGAUGAAAGAGGUAUCUGCAGAAGACUGGACCAUAUGUACACCUCCAGCAGGUUUACAAGCAACACGCCUGACAGUGGAGAACCUGAGAGAAAACGCAGAGUAUAAUUUCCGUGUGUGCGCCAUUAAUUCUGAAGGAGUUGGUGAACCUGCAGACGUCCAUGGCUCAGUGAUUGCAGUCGAAAGAAUUGAAGCACCAGAGAUUGAACUUGAUGCUAACCUCAGGAAGGUCGUCUCCGUCCGGGCAGGUGGUUCACUUCGUCUUUUCGUCAGAAUUAGAGGAAGACCUGAACCAUCUGUGAAAUGGGAGAAAGAAGAAGGUGCUUUAACUGACCGUGCACUGAUUGAGUCCACAAGUUCAUACACUAUGUUGGUAAUUGACAAUGUCAAUAGAUUUGACAGCGGGAAAUAUGUCCUGACUCUUACGAAUAAGAGUGCCGAAAAGUCAGCGUUUGUAAAUGUCAGGGUGCUUGACUCACCAAGUGCACCACAGAACUUUGAGGUCAAGGAAGUUAAGAAGGAUUCAGUGACACUCUACUGGGAGGCUCCUCUUACUGAUGGUGGCGCGCACAUAACCAAUUACAUCGUGGAAAAGCGGGAGUCUACAAGAAAAGCCUACACAACUGUCACCAGCAACUGCACACAAAAUUUCUUUAAGAUAGAAGACUUGCAGGAGGGAGGAAUCUUCUACUUCAGAGUGUGUGCUAUUAAUGAGUAUGGUAUGGGUAUAAUGGCAGAAACUAAAAAUCCUGUCAAAGUUGCCCAGGCUCCUAUGCCCCCAGGAAAGAUAACCCUUGUGGAUGUUACCAAGAACUCUGUGACUCUCAGUUGGGUAAAACCGGCACAUGAUGGUGGCAGCAAAGUCAUUUGCUAUAACUUAGAGAUGCAGCCAAAAGGCACUGACAAAUGGGGUGUGAGCUGCACUGUGAAAGUUCCAGAGGCUACUGUAACAAACCUUACACCCGGAGAAACAUACUCUUUUAGAGUAAUUGCAAUUAAUGAAAAGGGCAAAAGUGAACCACAAGAACUUGGUGUCCCUGUCUGUGCUAAAGACAUAGAGAUAGAACCAACGAUUAAUCUCUUAUUCAAUACUUUCAGCGUAAAUGCUGGAAAGGACCUUACAAUUGAAAUUCCUGUUAGAGGUAGGCCAAAGCCAGUGGUUUCAUGGAAAAAGGAUGACCUUCCUCUUAAGCAAACAUCAUCUCUGACAUUAAUAAAUACUGUGGUAUCAAGCAAGAUUGCAAUCAAAGAAGCUUCUACUGAGCAUGUUGGAAAAUAUGAAUUUACCUUAUCCAACACAGCUGGCACAGUUUCCACAGAUAUAAAUGUUGUGGUUCUUGACAAGCCAGGCCCACCAGCUGCGGUAAAGGUUGAUGCUGUCACUGCUGACAGCGUCACACUAUCAUGGUCUCCACCUGAAUAUGAUGGAGGAUGCUCCAUAAAUAACUACAUUGUUGAGAAAAGAGAUACCAACACAACAGUAUGGGAGAUUGUUUCAUCAAAUGUUGCCAGGAACUCAAUCAAGGUGCCCAGAUUAACACACGGCUCUGAAUACCAAUUCCGUAUAUAUGCAGUGAACCGCUACGGAAAGAGUAAAUCUAUUGACUCUCCAGGAAUUACAGCGGAAUAUACAUUCAAACAGCCCGGACCACCUUCUACCCCACGUGUGGCUUAUGCCACUAAGUCAUAUAUGAUUGUGACAUGGAAUGAACCAGUCAAUGAUGGUGGUAGCACAGUUGUUGGAUAUCAUUUGGAACGCAAGGAGAGAAGCAGCAUUCUUUGGACGAAGGUGAACAGGGUUCUCAUCAAAGAUACUGAACUGAAAGUAACCGCCCUUGACGAGGGUAUGUUCUAUGAAUACCGUGUAUAUGCUGAAAACAUUGCUGGUAUUGGUAAGGUCAGCAAAGUAAGCGAGGCUAUAGCUGCAAGAGAUCCUUGCGAUCCUCCCGGCCAACCAGUGGUUACAAGCAUUACUAGAUCAUCUGUAUCUCUUUCUUGGAAAAAGCCUGAAUAUGAUGGAGGGGCGAAGGUUACAGGCUACGUUGUAGAACGUAGAGAUCUUCCAGAUGGCCGCUGGAUGAGAUGCAAUUUCACCAACAUUGCUGAAACAUACUUUGAUGUUACUGGUCUUACCGAAGAUCAGCAAUAUGAUUUCCAUGUCACUGCAAAGAAUGCUGCUGGACUGUUCAGUGAGCCAUCCGACAACACAGGCCCUGUUUUAGUUAAGGAUGAUGUAGAUCCACCACGCAUUAUGAUGGAUGUCAAGUUUACAGAUGUUGUGGUUGUGAAAGCUGGAGAAACCCUAAAGAUUACUGCUGACAUUGCUGGGCGACCACUACCAGUGGCUUCCUGGUCAAAAGAUGGAAAAGAUAUUCAGAUCCAAGCAAGAAUUCAGAUAACUUCAACUGAUACAAGCACAAUGGUAGUAGUGAAAGACACCAGAAGAAGUGAUUCUGGACAGUAUGCCCUAACACUACAAAAUGCUGCUGGAACUGUAACAACACCAGUGAAAUGUGUAAUCCUUGAUAAACCAGGACCCUCAGCAGGGCCAUUGUCAGUCAGUGACUGUACAGCAGAAGACUGCACUUUGUCAUGGGGGCCACCACAGGAAAUUGGUGGUGCAGAAAUCACACAUUAUGUUGUUCAGAGAAGAGAAACCAGCAGUUUGGCAUGGACGACUGUAAAUGGGGAGGUCAAAGCUAAAACAUACAAGGUCACAAAACUCCUCAAAGGCAAUGAAUAUAUCUUCAGAGUUUUGGCUGUCAAUAAGUUUGGACUUGGUGAGCCUCUUCAAAGUGAACUUGUCAAAGUCACUGAUCCAUUCACCUUUGCUUCAGCACCAACAAAUGUCGAAAUCACAGAUGUGACCAGUGAAGAGAUGACUCUUACUUGGGCUAAGCCUGCAUUUGAUGGAGGCAGUGAAAUUUGUGGUUAUGUGAUAGAAAGACGUGAGAAAUCAAGUCUUCGAUGGGUCCGAGUAAACAAGGAGCUUAUAAAAGACCUUACAUCUGUAGUAUCCAAACUAAGAAAAGGAUGUGAAUAUGAAUUUAGAGUAUUUGCAGAAAAUGCUGCAGGAUUAAGUCCUCCCAGUGAACUAUCUGCUUCAGCAGUGGCAAAGGAUGCAUUACUGGUGCCAGAUGCACCAACUAAACCAAAAGUUUUGGAUCACACUAAGAGCUCAGUUACAAUCACCUGGAAUAAGCCCCUGUCUGACGGUGGCGCUCAAGUUCUUGGAUACUGUGUACAAUACAAGAAAACUGCGGAUGAGGAAUGGGUUGUUGCCAUCCAGAUGACAAAGAGCACAGAGUACAUUGUCUCUGGUCUCACAACUGAUGCAGAAUACGUCUUUGCAGUAAAAGCAAUGAACAAAAUAGGCUUGAGCGAACAAUCUCCCAUAUCAGAGCCACAGGCAGCAGUAGACAGAAAAGAGGAACCAGUAUUUGAUGUUGACAUUGAGAUGAGGAAAACAUUGAUUGUCAAGCAUGGCCAUUCUUUUACUCUGACAGCACCAUUUAAAGGAGUACCUGUGCCUUCAGUCACAUGGCAUAAGGAAAAUGUAGAUCUCAAAUUAAGAGCUACAACGGAAACAACUGGAAAAUACACAUCCCUCACUAUUGAGAAGGCAACAAGAAAUGACUCUGGGCAAUAUACAGUUACACUUGAUAAUGGUUGUGGUACUGCAUCGUUGCCAAUGGUUGUCAAAGUUCUAGACUCCCCAGGACCACCAGUUAAUGUGAAAAUUCAGGAUGUCACAAGAGACUCAGCCACAGUAACCUGGGAAGCUCCAGAAAACGAUGGGGGUGAUGCUGUUAAGGCUUACCAUGUUGAAAAACGUGAAGCCAGCAAAAAGGCCUGGGUGUGUGUAACAAAUAACUGUCACAAUCUGACCUACAAGGUAGAAGACUUGGUAGAAGGUGCAAUCUACUACUUUAGAGUCAUCGCAGAGAAUGAGUACGGUAUGGGUGUACCUGCGGAAACUAAAGACGCAACUAAGAUAACAGAAAUACCAAGUCCACCCGCCAGACUCGGAGUAGCUGAAGUUACAAAAGAUAGUGUUACUUUAGCAUGGACAAAGCCAGAGCAUGAUGGUGGAAGCAGAAUUGCCAGCUACCUCAUUGAUGCUUUAGAGAAGGGUCAUCAGAAGUGGGUGAAAUGUGCAGUUGUUAAAAACACCACUCAUACAAUCAAAGGCUUAAGAGAAAAUGCUGAGUACUUCUUCAGAGUCCGUGCAGAAAACCAUGCAGGGCUCAGUGAUCCAAAGGAAAUGGUGAUCCCUGUGGUUGUGAAAGAUCAACUUGAUGCUCCUGAAUUUAAUAUGAAGAACUUCCCGAACAACACUGUUUAUGUGAGGGUAGGAUCAAAUCUGAAGUUUGAACUUCCUCUCACUGGCAAGCCAAUGCCGAAAGUGGCAAUGACAAGAAACAAUGUUCCAGUCAGGUGUGGAAAGAGAUUUAGUUUUGAAGUAACACCAGAGAGUCUUAAUAUCAGCCUCAAAGAAAGCAUCGCAGUUGAUGCUGGAAGGUAUGACAUUGUUGCAUCCAAUUCGAGCGGAACAACCAAGAUGUUCGUUAACAUACUGGUGUUGGACAGACCUGGCCCUCCGGUUGGUCCAGUUGAAAUCAGUGAUAUUGGGGAAACAAGUCUGUGCCUCAAAUGGCAGCCACCUUUGUAUGAUGGCGGCAGCCCUGUUACCAACUAUGUUGUGCUUAGACGUGAAACAAGCACACCAGCAUGGGUAGAGGUGUCUUCCACAGUUGCCAGAAAUGCAAUUAAAGUCACCAAACUAACAAAGGGAGAAGGAUACCAGUUCCGAAUUAAAGCAGAAAAUCGCCUUGGUAUCAGUGAUCACAUGGACUCUCACACAGUUACUGUGAAGCUUCCAUACACAAUUCCUGGACCACCAUCAACACCAUGGCUGGGCUUUGUUUCGAGAGAAAGCCUUCUUGUUUGUUGGCAUGAACCAGUAGUAGACGGUGGCAACUCAGUAUUUGGAUACCACGUUCAAAUGAAGGAAAGAAGCAGCAUUCUGUGGCAAAAAGUAAACAAGACAGCAAUCCCUGCUAAUCAAAUCAGGGUGACAAACAUAUGCCCUGGUAUGAUCUAUGAAUUCAAGGUUGCAGCUGAAAAUGCUGCUGGUAUUGGAAAAUUCAGCAAAACAUCAGAGGAAGUCCUCGCUAUCGACGCUUGUGAACCUCCGGCAAAUGUAAGAGUUACUGAAGUUACAAAGAACUCAGUUAGCCUAGUCUGGCAGAAGCCUCCUUAUGAUGGUGGAAGCAAGAUCUCUGGCUAUAUGGUUGAGAGAAGAGAUGCUACAAAUGGCAGAUGGACAAAAGCUAACUUUACUAACGUUAUUGAGAAGAAAUUUACGGUGUCUGGCUUGACCCAAGAUCAGUCGUAUGAAUUCAGAGUCUUUGCCAAGAAUGCAGUUGGCUCUAUAAGCAACCCAUCUCUUAUUGCUGGACCAGUAACCUGUGUUGAUGUUUCUGGUGCUCCUGCAAUCGACCUGCCUCCUGAGUACCUGGAUGUUGUGCAAUAUAAAGCUGGGGCGUCUAUAAAGAUAAGACUGGGCAUUAUUGCUAAGCCUUUACCAUCAAUUGAAUGGCUAAAGGAUGGAAAAGAAUUAGUGACAAGUUCACAGCUUUCAAUCGAGAGCACCACUGAUUCUUCCGCCAUCCUAAUUAAAGAUUCCACUCGUCUUAACACUGGAACAUAUGAAAUGAAGAUCAAGAAUGUGUUUGGCACAGCAACUGCCUCCAUAAGACUACAGAUUCUAGACAAACCUGGACCUCCAGCUGGAAACAUUGAGUUUAAAUCAGUGACUGCUGACACCAUAGUCAUUGCUUGGGAACGAGUAUCAGAUGAAGGCAGUUCCACAGUCACCCAUUAUAUUGUGGAAAAACGAGAGACAAGCAGAGUUGUGUGGUCCAUGGUUUCUGACUGUAUGGAGGAGCACACGGUCUCAGUUCAAAAGCUAGUCAGGGGAAAUGAAUAUGUCUUCCGUGUCAGAGGUGUCAACAAAUUCGGACCCGGAGAUCCUUUGGAGUCUGAUCCUGUUAUUGCCAAGAAUCCAUUCGUGACUCCCGGACAGCCUGCCACUCCAGAGGCGACAGAAAUCACCAAAACAUCUAUGAAGAUUGUAUGGGAUAAGCCAGGAGUAGAUGGUGGUAGCAUGGUGACAGGAUACUACUUACAGAGACGUGACAAGAAUCAUCUGCGCUGGAUUAAGGUCUACAAAGACCCCGUUAGUGGCACCUCAGCAAAGGUGUAUCACCUGACCGAAGGAAAUGAAUAUCAAUAUCGUGUAUGUGCAAUCAAUAAAGCUGGAGAAGGUCCAUUUUCAGAUGUAUCUGACUUCUACAAAGCAGCUGAUCCUGUUGAUACACCAUGUGAGCCUGCUAAGCUCAAAGUUGUUGACUCAACUAAAACAUCAAUUACACUUGGAUGGUCCAAGCCAGAGUAUGAUGGAGGCAGUGAAAUAACAAGCUAUGUUGUAGAAAAAAGGGUUGGUGAAGAAGGAGAAUGGACAGUGAUAAGUCAAAAGGGUGAAGUCAGAACUACUGAAUAUGUUGCUUCAGAUCUUAAACCAGAUGUUGACUAUUUCUUCCGUGUAUCUGCUGUGAACUGUGCGGGUCGUGGGGACCCCAUAGAGAUGGAGGAACCAGUCCAAGCUAAAGAUAUACUUGAGGAAGCCCAAGUUGACAAAGAUGUUGCAAUGAGAACUCAUUACAUUGUGAAAGCUGGCAAAGACAUUGAGAUGAUGGUGCCUCUGAAGGGUAGACCAGCUCCAACUGUUUCUUGGACGAAAGAAGACCAAAACAUAGAUAAUGACCCCAAAUAUGACAUUCACAACACGGAUACUUCAUCGUGCCUUGUCCUUUCAAAUGUAACACGAAAUGACAGUGGCAAAUACACCAUCAAGAUUUCAAAUGGGGUAGGACAGCCACAAACCGUAACAUUAUCUGUAAAAGUACAGGACACACCAUCUGCCUGUAGAAACUUGGUCCUAAAAGAUGUCACUCGUGGCCAAGUGACUCUUUGCUGGGAACCUCCUCUCCUUGAUGGUGGUGCUGAAAUCACUAACUACAUUGUUUCGAAAAGAGACUCUUCUAAACGCACAUAUGCUGCAGUGACCAGCAAGUGCCUGGAAACAACAUAUUUAAUAGACGAACUUUCUGAGAAGACAUCAUACUUUUUCCGUGUACUAGCUGAAAAUGAAAAUGGAAUUGGUGAUCCAUGUAACACAGCAGAGGCAAUUAAAGCCACUGAGACACCUGGUCCAGUCAAAGAUCUUGCUAUGAAGGACUCCUCCAAGACAUCGGUGACACUACAGUGGAACAAACCAGAAUAUGAUGGUGGUAGCAUUAUUACUGAUUAUAUCAUUGAAAAGAGACUUCAAGGUCAAGAAGAGUGGGCUCCUGCUGGUACAAGCAAACACUUGGAAUUUGAGGCCACAAAACUUAAGGAACUCACAGAGAUGUUCUUUAGAGUCUGUGCUAAGAAUGAAAAGGGAACCAGUGACUUUAAAAAGAUUGGCCCAAUUAAAGUAAAAGAUUUUAUCAUCCCACCAGAGGCGAACCUUGAGGAGUAUCCUAAUGAACAGGUCAGUGUUCGCAUCGGACACAAUGUACAUAUUGAGUUGCCAUACAGAGGAAAGCCCAAACCAUCAGUUUUCUGGCUGAAGGAUAAUUUGCCACUAAAGGAGAGUGAAAAGGUUCGCUUUAAGAAGACAGAAAAUAAGGUAACCCUUAUGAUCAAGAAUGUGGAAAAAGAGAACGGUGGUAAAUACACCCUUACACUUGACAACAACGUUUGUAGGAAAUCAUUCCACAUACAAGUCAUCACUCUAGGACCCCCAUCCAAACCCAUUGGACCAAUCCGUUUGGAUGAAGUCAGAGCAGAGAGUAUAACAAUAUCUUGGGAUGAACCAAAAGAUGAUGGCGGAGGAGAAAUCACUUGCUACAGUGUUGAAAAACGUGACACAUCUCAGCCAGACUGGAAGAUGGCAUGUUCAAGUGUGACAGACACUACAUUCAAAGUGCCUAAUUUAAUCAAAGGAACUCAGUAUCAGUUCAGAGUGUGUGCAGAGAACAGAUAUGGUGUGAGUGAGCCUCUGAUUUCACAAAAUGUCAUUGCCAAGCAUGAGUUCAGACCACCAGGCCCACCAAGCAAGCCAUUUGUGUACAAUGUCACAAGUGAUGGCAUGACUAUUCAGUGGGACAAACCUGUCUUUGAUGGUGGAUGUCCAGUGCUCGGGUACCACGUUGAAAAGAAGGAAACAAACAGCAUCAUGUGGCAGAAGGUCAAUGUUAUCCUAGUGACAGAGAAGGAAUUUAGAAUUAACUGCCUUAUUGAAGGUCUGCAGUACCAGUUCAGGGUCUAUGCUCAGAAUGAUGCUGGAUACAGUCGUACAAGUGAUGAGAGCAAACCAGUCCUGGCAGUUUCCCCUGUUGAUCCUCCCGGAACUCCUGACUACAUUGAUGUAACUAGUGACUCAGUAACACUUAAAUGGGAUGCACCCAAACGGGAUGGUGGAAGCAAAAUUGUUGCCUACAAUGUUGAGAAGCGCCAGGAUGAAGGUCGCUGGUUAAAGACCAACUUUUCAGACGUCACUGACACUCAGUUUACAGUAAGAGGUCUAGCCUGUGGCGAACGCUAUGAAUUCAGGGUCAUAGCAAGAAAUGCCAUCGGCACCAUAAGCCCACCUUCUCAGUCCUCUGGCAAUGUUCUCAUAAGAGACGAAAGCUUCACUCCAAAUAUUGAAUUUGGCCAGGAGUACUUUGAGGGGGUUGCCAUCAAAGCAGGAGAAAACAUAAGGCUUAAGGUUACAGUUACAGGAAGACCAACACCCAAGGUCAAAUGGUUCAGGGACGGCACUGAAUUAACUAAAAAGAUGGUAGACAUUACAACCAUUGCUGGAUCAAGCACACUGUUUAUUAGAGAUGCGGACCGUUCACACCGUGGUCUCUAUUCUGUGGAAGCCAAGAACCAGUGUGGAAUUAAAAAGGAGCAAAUGAAAGUUGAAGUAUUUGAUACACCUGGAGAGCCUGUUGGACCAAUUGUCUUCACAAACAUCACAGAGGGCAAAGUGACUCUUUCAUGGAAUCCACCAGAGAACGAUGGCUGCUCUGAGGUCACUCAUUACAUUAUUGAGAGGCGCGAAACCUCCAAGAUUUCCUGGACACUAGUGACAGAUUGCUGUGAAGAGUGCACAUUUAAUGCUACCAAACUGAUCAAGACCAAUGAGUACCAGUUCCGUGUUUCUGCAGUCAACAAGAUUGGUGUCAGUAGACCACUGGAAUCUGCUCCUGUUAUUGCCCAAUUGCAAUACACUGUUCCUGAUGCUCCUGGUACUCCUGAUUCAACCGCCGUUGAUGGAGAAAGCAUAACAAUCAGCUGGGCUCCACCAACAAAUGACGGUGGAAAUGAAAUAAAACAUUACAUCGUUGAAAGACGUGAGAAGAAGACCGGGCGCUGGGUAAAGGUCUUGACUAGAAAACCCAUCACUGAGGUUGCCCACAGAGUCACUCAUCUUACUGAGGACGUGGAAUAUGAAUUCCGCGUUUAUGCUGUUAAUGACGCCGGAGUUGGAUCUCCAAGUAAUAUUUCAAUACCUAUCAAGUGCGCAGAGCCAACUGAAGUACCAGAUGGUCCUUCAAUUAUAAAUGUCACUGAUACUACUAACACAUCAGUCAGUCUGGAAUGGACCAGGCCUGGCUAUGAUGGUGGUGUUGAGGUCCAUGGCUAUAUUAUUGAAAUGCGUAAGGGAGCUGAAGAAGAAUGGCAUAGAGUCAAUGAGGACCUUUGCACUGUCACAAAGUACACUGCCACUGGUUUGGAAGCAGGAGCCGAGUACAAGUUCCGCAUUGCUGCAGUUAACGCAGUUGGAAAAGGUGACGCUAAAGAGAUCCUUGAGCCUGUGCAAGCAGUGGAUAGGCUGACUGCACCAGACAUCGAAAUUGAUGCAAGCUUCCAACAGACGCACAUUGUAAAAAGUGGAGGCAGCGUUUGUAUCCGUGUCACUUUCAAAGGGAAACCAGCGCCUUCCACUUCGUGGAUAAAGGAGGAUGGAGAACUUGGCGUAAUGGCAGAUGUUACUACAACAGAGAAUAUAGCAUGUCUGACAAUAGUCAACUGUACACGCAAUGACAGUGGAAAAUACACCCUCACUCUUGAAAACAGUAGUGGUAACAAAUCAAUCACUUUUACAGUUAAAGUGUUGGACACACCUGGCACACCAGGUCCUCUUACAUUCAGGGAUGUUACAAGAGGAGCUCUUUCACUAAUGUGGGAGCCACCAGAGAACGAUGGUGGUGCACGUGUCCAUCACUACCUGUUAGAGAAGCGUGAGGCCAGUCGUCGUACGUGGACAGAGGCUGCACCCAAGUGUACUCAAUCUUUCAUAAGAAUUUCUGAGCUACUGGAAGGAGUACCCUACUUCUUUAGGGUUAUGGCUGAAAAUCAGUAUGGCCUUGGUGAGGCUUAUGAAAUGCCUGAUCCUAUUGUUGCCACAGCUGAACCUGCUCCACCAAAGAGACUGGACAUCAUUGAUACCACUGAUACAACAGUCACCCUUGCCUGGUUGAAACCUGAACAUGAUGGUGGCAGUCGUAUUAAAGAUUACCGUGUUGAGGCCAGGGUUAACAGCACAGAUAAAUGGGUUAUCGUGGGCACUACUAAAAACUUAAGUCUUGUAGCUGAAGGUUUACCUGAGGGAACAGAGUAUGAUUUCCGUGUUAAAGCCAGGAAUGAUGCAGGAUAUAGUUUGUCUCGAGUUGCUCUCUCUUCUGUAAUUGUUAAAGAGCCUCGAAUUGAGCCCACUGCAGAUCUCAGUGGCAUAACUGACCAGCUGAUCACUUGCAAGUCAGGUAGUUCAUUUGUAAUUGAUGUUCCAAUAAGUGGCAGACCUGCACCGAAGGUCAUCUGGAAGCUUGAGGAAAUGAGGCUAAAGGAAACUGACAGGGUCUCAAUCAAGACCAGCAAGAACAGGACCACUCUGACUGUUAAAGAAAGCAUGCGUGGUGACGGCGGAAAGUACUUCCUUACUCUCGAGAAUGUCACUGGGGCUAAGACUUUCACCAUCAACGUCAACGUCAUUGGCAGACCCAGUCCUCCAGAGGGCCCUGUUGAGGUGUCCUCAAUUACAUCAGAGUCCUGCAAACUGUCAUGGAACGAGCCUGAAGAUGAUGGCGGAACUGACAUCACAAACUAUAUUGUUGAAAAACGUGAAUCUGGCUCCACUGCCUGGCAACUUAUCAACUCCAGCGUGAAACGCAGAUCAUUCCAUGUUUCACAUCUAACGAAGUACAUGCAGUACACUUUCCGUGUCUCUGCUGAAAACAGAUUUGGUGUGAGCAAGCCGACUGAAUCUGAAACCAUUGUUGCAGAGCAUCCAUUUGUACCACCAGGUGCUCCGACCAAGCCAGAAGUGUUCACAGUUUCUGCUAACAGCAUGAGCAUUCGCUGGGAAGAACCUUACCACGAUGGUGGUAGUAAGGUCACAGGGUACUGGAUAGAAAAGAAAGAACGUAACACUAUUCUUUGGGUCAGAGAGAACACCAUCCCAUGUUUCGAGUGUUACUACAAGGUGGAAAGCCUAAUUGAAGGUCUUGAAUAUCAGUUCAGAGUGUAUGCUAUGAAUAGUGCUGGCCUCAGCAAAGCCAGUGAAGCCUCAAAGAGAGCUGUAGCUCAAAAUCCUGUGGAUCCCCCAGGCAAGCCAGAUGUGACUGGUGUGUCAGGAUCCACCGUUUCAAUAAAAUGGUCUGUGCCGCUGAAUGAUGGUGGAGCCCAAAUUGUAGGUUACAUAGUGGAGCGCAAGCCGUACAAUAUCUCUGGAGAUGGUAGAUGGCUGAAAUGUAAUUACACCAAUGUUACUGACACAAACUUCACCAUUACUGCGCUGGGAGAAGGAGAGGUGUACGAGUUCCGAGUCAUCGCCAGGAACGCUAAUGGAGUUCUCAGCACGCCAUCCGCCUCAACAGGAGAAGUGACUUGCAAAGCAGAAUACACUCCUCCCAAAGCAGAGUUGGACAGCAAACUUCUUAUGGACACAGUAACAGUUAGAGCAGGCUCAGAUCUUGUUCUCGAUGCUGCUGUUGGUGGCAAACCAGAUCCAAAGGUCUGCUGGGCCAAGGGAGAUAAAGAACUAGAACUCUGUGAAAAGUAUUCUUUGCAGUAUUCCAGCACCCGCGCUCUGGCAAUAAUCAAGUUUUGCGACAGAGAUGACAGUGGAAAGUAUGUUCUGACAGUGAAGAAUGCCAGUGGAACCAAAACAGCUGAGGUCAAAGUAAAGGUUCUUGAUACACCAGGCCCAUGCCAGGAGAUAAAAGUAAGCAAUGUAACAGAAGAAAAAUGCACAUUGUCCUGGAAGAAACCAUUAGAGGAUGGUGGUGAUCCCAUCACACAUUAUACUGUGGAAAGAAGGGACACCAACAGACUGAACUGGGUCAUCAUGGAGCAUGAAUGCAAGGCCCUUACAUAUGAAAUUAAAAGGCUUUUUAAGAAUAAUGAAUACAUAUUCCGUGUCAGAGGUGUGAACAAGUAUGGCCCAGGUGUGAUACUACAGUCUUCACCCAUCUUCGCCAGAAAUUCAUUCACUGUCCCAUCACCUCCGGGAGCACCAGAAAUUCUUGUUGUCAGAAAAGACUUUGCGACAAUCGAGUGGCUGAAACCUGAAAGUGAUGGUGGUAGUGAAGUCACAAAUUAUCUGAUUGAGAGAAAAGAGAGGAAAAGCGUCAGAUGGGUCAAGGUUAACAGAGAUUCUGUACUUCUGGACACAUCAUUCAAGGUUACUGGCCUACAAGAGGGCAACAUCUACCAGUUCCGUGUUACAGCCAUGAAUGCAGCUGGGGACAGUGAGCCUAGUGAAGUGUCUAUGUAUGCAGUCUGCAGAGUACCAACAGGGAAACCAGAUGCUCCUUCAAUUCCACGUGUAACAGACACUCACAAAGAAAGCAUCAGUCUGGCUUGGACAAGACCAGUAGAAGAUGGGGGUGCUGAUGUCCUUGGUUACGUUCUUGAAAUGCAAGAACUUGGUUCAGAGGAAUGGACCAGGACUCAUGAGAAGAACCUCAGACUUACAGAGUAUACUGUGACCGGUCUUACUGCUGGCAAAAAAUACUGUUUCAGAGUUGCUGCAGUCAAUGUAAAUGGAACAGGAGACUUCAGUGACUCAUGUACAGAAGUAGAGCCUGUUGAAAGAAUUGAAAUUCCUGAUCUUGAACUUCCUGAUGAUCUGACGAAGACUAUUUGCCUGAGAGCUGGUAGUUCCCUUCGUCUUCAUGUAACUUUCACUGGUAGGCCAGUUCCAGCUGUCACCUGGAGUAAGCCUGGUGUGGAUCUUGACAACCGUGGAUUCAUUGAACUGACUGAUACUGCCACAACACUAAUUAUUGACAAGGUGCGUCGCUACGAUGCUGGAAAAUACACCCUCGAAGCAUCCAACUCAGCUGGCAAGAAAGAUGCAACCAUUAUAGUCAAGAUCUAUGAUACUCCUGGUCCAACGGGCCCGAUUAAAAUCAAGGAGCUCACAAGAGAAUCUGCUUACAUUUCCUGGGAUGCUCCUGAGGUUGACGGUGGGGCACCUGUUAACAAUUACAUAAUUGAGAGGCGAGAGACAUCGAUGAGAGCCUACAAAACAGUGACUUCCAAAUGCAGCAAGACAUCAUACAAAAUAACAGGACUGGCAGAGGGACUGCUGUACUACUUUAGAGUCCUUCCAGAAAACAUCUAUGGUAUUGGUGAACCUCGUGAGACACCUGAUGCUAUAUUGGUGUGUGAGGUGCCUCUGCCUCCUGCAAAACUUGAUGUUGUGGAUGUCACAAAGUCUUCUGUGACUCUUGGAUGGGAGAAACCCGAGCAUGACGGAGGCAGCAGAAUCAUUGGCUACAUUGUUGAAGCCUGCAAGGCUGGUACAGAAAAAUGGAUGAAGGUGGCAACUUUGAAAUUAACCGACUUUGAAUUUACUCUUGAUAAACUUAAUGAAAACGAGCAGUACCUCUUCAGGGUACGUGCUCUCAACAGCAAGGGUGUUGGUGAGGCCAAAGAAAUUGUCACCCCUGUCACCGUACAAGAACUAAGAGUUAUGCCCAAGAUUGACUUGUCAAGCAUUCCACAAAAGAUGAUCAGCGUUUUGGCUGGCAAACCACUUGAACUUGAUUUCCCAAUCAUUGGAAGACCACGUCCAGUUUGCUCCUGGUACUUUAAUGAUAACAAAUUAAAGAUCGUUGAACGUGUGAAGAUUCAGUCUACUGCGAAAUUCUCUAAGUUAAUGGUUCUCAACACUUCAAUUAAUGAUACGGGAGAGUACACCCUAGAACUGAAGAAUAUUACAGGAACUACCACAGAGAAUAUCAAAGUCAUUAUUCUUGACAAACCUGAUCCACCUAAAGGACCGAUUCGUUUUGAUGAGAUCGAAGCGACAUCAGUUACAAUAAGCUGGGAUCCACCAGAAAGGGACGGAGGCGCUCCUGUCAGUAACUACGUCCUGGAGCAGCGUGAUGCCCAUCGUCCAGGAUGGAUCUCCGUUUCUGAAUCAGUCAGCAGACCAAUCUUUAAAUUCGAAAGACUGACAGAGAGAGACGAAUACGUCUUCCGUGUUUCAGCGGUGAAUCGUUAUGGUACUGGAGAGACCUUGCAGUCAGAAGUUGUGGAAUGCAGAAGCUCUAAAUCUAUUCCUGGACCACCAGGCCGUCCAAUUGUGUUCGAUGUGUCUCGUGAUGGCAUGACCGUUGCAUGGGAACCACCAGAUGAGGAUGGUGGUUUAGAAGUAUCUGGCUACAUUAUCGAACGCAAGGAGGUCAGAGCUGAUAGAUGGGUGCGUGCCAAUAAAAACCCUGUAACAAUGACAAGAUACAGAUCCACUGGUCUUAUUGAGGGCCUGGAAUACGAGCACAGAGUCACAGCAAUCAAUACUAGAGGUGUUGGUAAACCCAGUCUUCUCUCCAAACCUGCUGUGGCAGCUGAUCCAGUUGAUCCACCUGGCUUACCUCAGAACCCCAGAGUCAUAGGCACCACAAAGACAUCUGUGUCCUUGGCCUGGAAUCCACCUGAUGAGGAGGGUGGUUCAAAGGUUACUGGCUAUCUGAUUGAGAUGCAGAAGGCUGGUUCUGUAGCCUGGAACAAGUGCAAUACUACACCAACUAUGAUUUGUGAAUAUACGUUGACGAAAAUGCCUCAAGAGGAGGAAUUCAAGUUCAGAGUCAUGGCCUGUAAUGCUGGUGGGCCAGGCGAACCUGCUGAAAUGCCAGGAACAGUCACUGUGAAAGAGAUGCUUGAAUCGCCAAGUCAUGAACUUGAAGCAAAAUACAAAGACAUAUUUGUUGUUAGACAUGGAGCAGUCAUCAAACUUUCAGUUCCAAUCAAAGGCAAGCCAGCACCUGUUUGCAAAUGGACAAAGGAUGGACAAGAGAUCUCAGCUCGUGCAAUGAUUGCCUCCAGUGAGGACAUUACUGAGCUUGUUAUUAAGGAUGCUGAAAGAUCUGACUCCGGUGUAUAUGCUAUUUAUCUUGAAAACAAAUGUGGCAAAAAGAUGGUGCAGAUCAAGGUCAAGGUUAUUGGCCGUCCAUCUGCUCCCGAAGGUCCAAUUAUCUUUGAUGACGUUCAGGCCCAUUCUCUAAGAAUGAGCUGGAAACCACCACAGGAUGAUGGUGGCUCAGACAUCCUUGGCUAUAUUGUGGAGAGACGAGAGGCAACAAAGGCGGCCUGGUACACAGUGGACUCACGGGUGGUUGACACAUCCUUGGUGGUUAAAGGACUACAUGAAGGUUCUGAGUACCACUUUAAGGUGACAGCAGAGAAUAAUUUUGGCAUCAGCAGCUCCCUAAAAUCUGAACAACCUGUUAUACCCAAGACUCCAAUUUGUGUGCCAGAAGCUUCCAGCACACCGCCAGAGAUUAUGGACGUCACCAAGGACUCUGCUUCUUUGGCCUGGACCAAGCCUAAAGAUGAUGGUGGAUCAAAGAUCACUGGCUACUUCCUGGAAUACAAAGAGGUAUCUUCUGACAAGUGGGUUCGCCAUGAGACACUGGUUACUUCCAUCAUGUACACAAUCACUGCACUCACGACUGAUGCAGAAUAUCAGUUCCGCGUGAUCGCUGUAAAUGACAUCGGAGAGAGUCAGCCUGGACCUGCAUCAGAUUCUGUCUUAUGCAAGGAUCCAUUCGACAAACCAAGUCAACCGGGUGAAAUCGACACUGUGACUGUAACUAAAGACUACAUAACUAUUCGAUGGGAAGCUCCUCAGUGUGAUGGAGGAAAGCCAGUUGUUGGAUACUGGGUUGAGUACAGAAAAUCAGGGGAAAGCACAUGGAAGAAGUGCAACAGGGAAAUUUCAAAGGACAAACAGUUCACUCAGGGUAGUUUGCAAGAGGCCACUGAGUACGAAUUUAGAGUGUUUGCUGAGAAUGAAACUGGAAUCAGCAGACCUCGCAGGACUGCAACUGGAAUCAAAACCAAACUUGGCGUUGGAACUAAACCAGGCCUCAGAAAAGAGAUGGAUGAAGUUACUGCCAAGCUUGGGCAGACUGCCACCCUAAAAUGUCAGAUAAUUGGAAGACCUGUGCCAGAAAUUAAAUGGUACAAGGGUGGAAAGGAAAUAAAGGAAGGCCGAAAACAUGCUGCAACCUCCGAUGGCCGUAAUCACACACUGACCAUCUCAACAGACAUGCAGGAAGAUGAGGGCUUGUAUACAUGCAAGGCUGUGAACGAAGCCGGAGAAUGCGAGACAAGCGGUACCUUGGUUCUAGAAGCAGCACCUCUGUUCCCAGCACCGCUAAAAGACAAAAUCUUUGCAGGAUGUGGUACAACUGUGCGCAUUCAUGCUGUGUACAUAGGUCGCCCUGAACCCAAGAUCAUGUGGUUGCAUGGAGCAAGACCUGUAGAGCCCUCUGAGAACGUCAUGAUUGAGAAUACCGAGCAUUACACUCAUUUAAUUCUGAAGAAUGUCCAAAGAAGUGUGAAUGGUGGGAAGUACAGAAUCAGGAUUAACAACCACUUUGGUUCUGCGGAUGCCAUGACUCACCUUGAAAUUCUAGACAAACCUUCCAUGCCAGAAGGCCCUAUUGUUCUUGAUGCUCUAUUAAAGAAUUCAGUAAUUAUAAGCUGGAAGGCUUCAACAGAUGAUGGUGGAUCCAUGAUCACAAACUACAUCGUGGAGAAGCGUGAGGACAAAGAGGGCACAGAGUGGCAGCUCGUAUCCUCAUCCAUCACAGGCAUCUCCUGCCGUAUUCCAAAUCUUGUGGAAAAUGAAGGAUACUUCUUCCGCAUUUCAGCGCAAAACCGUUAUGGCAUCAGUGAACCACUCGAGACUCCAUCUGCUAUUCUUAUCAAGAGUCAGUUAGAUAAGCCAGGUGUACCAAUUAAACCGGUGGUAUCUGGAAUAACCAAGAACUCUUGUGUCGUUUCUUGGAAACCACCACUCAGCGAUGGAGGCUCCAAAAUCAAGAGCUACACUCUUGAAAAGCAGGAUAAAAAGACAGGAGAAUGGGUUGCUGUUACAAGCGACGAGAUUCACCAGACAGUCUAUUCAGUUAAGGGUCUUACAGUGGGCGUGGAAUACAUUUUCAGAGUGAAAUGUGAAAACCUUGGUGGAGAGAGUGAAUACAGUGAAGCAUCUGACCCUAUUAUUCCAAAAACUGAUGUUGCGGUUCAGGCUCCAGCCUUUAAAGAAGACCUUAGGAAUAUGAGUGUGAAAUACAUGAGCAAUGCAACUUUAGUUUGCAAGAUAACAGGACAGCCAAAACCUGUGAUUAAAUGGUUCAGGCGUGGCAAGGAAAUUCAGCCAGACGGAGUCAAAAUCAAGAUCCAAGAAUUUAAGGGAGGAUAUCAUCAACUAGUUAUUGCUAAUGCUGAUGAAGAGGACUCAACCGUUUAUCAGAUAAGAGCAACAAACCAGGGAGGAUCAAUAUCAGCUACGGUUUCACUGGAUGUUGAAAUACCUGCAAAGAUUCAUUUACCCAAGAACAUGCAACAUAAAGAAGCCAUCUGUGCUCUUCGUGGUGAGAUAGUUAACAUCAAGAUUCCAUUCAGUGGAAAACCAGAUCCAGUUAUAACAUGGCAGAAGGGACAAGACCUUAUUGAUAAUAAUGGUUAUUAUCAAGUCAUUGUCACAAGAUCGUUCACUGCUCUCGUGUUCCCCAACGGAGUUGACCGAAAAGACGCUGGUUUCUAUAUCGUCUGUGCAAAGAACAGAUUCGGUAUUGACCAGCAAACAGUAGAACUCGAAGUUGCAGAUGUGCCUGAUCCACCCCGUGGUGUAAAAGCCAGUGAUGUGUCUAGAGAUUCUGUAGCACUUGAUUGGGUGGCACCUGCUAACGAUGGUGGCAGCAGAGUCACAAACUACAUUAUUGAAAAGUGCGCCACUACAGCAGAAAGAUGGAUUCGUGUUGCCCAGUCACGUGACGCUCGCUACACUGUCACCGACCUGUUUGGAAAGACAAGCUACCAAUUCCGGGUAAUAGCUGAAAACAAAUUUGGCCAGAGUGCACCUUCUGAGCCAAGCGGACCCGUUGUGACAAAGGAAGAUAAAUCAAGAAUUCUUAACUAUGAUGAUGAAGUUGAUGAAAUCACAACCGUCUCUAUGGCUAAAGCGCCCCAUUCCGAGGUCAAGAAUGUACACAACAAAUACAUGAUCGCUGAAGAGCUUGGUCGUGGGCAGUUCGGCAUUGUUCAUCGCUGUGUUGAGAUGAGUUCUAAGAAGACAUUUAUGGCCAAAUUCGUUAAAGUGAAAGGUGCCGAUCAGACAAUAGUAAAGAAAGAAAUUGCAACUCUCAAUAUAGCACGUCACAGGAACUUCCUGUUCCUCCAUGAAUCGUUUGACAGUCCUGAAGAACUGGUCAUGAUCUAUGAAUUCAUCUCUGGACUUGACAUAUUUGAGCGUAUUAGUACAGCCAACUUUGAGCUCAAUGAACUUGAAAUUGUUAACUAUAUCAGACAGGUGUGUGCAGCUCUUGAGUUUUUGCACAGCAAGAGUUAUGGUCACCUUGAUAUCAGGCCUGAGAACAUUGUGUACACCACAAGAAGGGGAAGCAUUGUCAAGAUCAUUGAACUGGGACAAGCUAGACAUCUCACUCCUGGAGAACAAAUCAAGAUUCAGUUCACAACAGCUGAAUAUUCAGCACCUGAAAUCCAUCAGAACGAGAUGAUCAGCACUGUCACAGACAUGUGGUCUGUUGGUGUCCUAGUAUAUGUUCUUCUCAGUGGACUUAAUCCUUUUAUUGCUGAAACCAAUCAGCAAAUGAUUGACAACAUCUCCAAUGCUGAAUACAGUUUUGACGAUGAGUACUUCAAGGAGGUUAGUGUUGAGGCAUUAGACUUCAUAGAUCGCAUUCUCACUAAAGACCGUAAACAUCGUAUGACUGCUGCUGAAGCUUUGAAUCAUCCUUGGCUGACAAAGAGCACAGAGGAGCUUAGCACUAGGUUAAUUAAGACUACAAGACACAAGAGAUACUACCAAGCGAUGGUGAGGAAGGAAUGGAACACUGUUGUCUCUUCGGCUCGUGUUGCAAGUGGCGGCGCUAUCAGAAGUCAGAGAGGCGUAACAGUUGCCAAAGUAAAGAUUGCACCAUUUGAACAUGGUCCAGCAGCUGGACUAAUUAGGCAUAGUGUUGCUAAUGAAGGUGAUGAUGUAAAGUUUAUUUGCAACCUUGAUAAUUAUGAUAGCAGUACUGAAGUCACCUGGUACUGUGGAGUCAGACAACUAGAGGAAAGUGCUAAAUGUGAAAUCACAUAUGACGAGGGGCUUGCAUCAAUAACUAUAAAGGGUAUUACUAGAGCAGACGAUGGAACAUACAGAUGCAAAGUUGUCAAUGAGUAUGGUGAAGACAGCGCAUAUGCAGAGCUCUUCGUCAGAGGAGUCAGGGAAUAUCGCAGCUUCUACACUGCCCGCGUUGUUAAGAAACUUAAACGCAGAGUAGACACGGCCAGACUUUUGCAAAGACCCCCAGAAUUCACCCUUCCAUUGUGCAAUCGAACCGCUUACAUCGGUGAGGAUCUUCGUUUGAGUGUCACCAUCACAGUGCACCCUGAACCACGUGUCAUGUGGUUGAAAUCCGGACAGAAGAUCUGCCCAGGCGAUGAUGACAAGAAAUACACUUUUACUACUUACAAGGGUCUGUAUCAGUUAGUGAUUCACAAAAUGGACCCUGACGAUGAUGCUGAAUACACUGUCGUGGCACGCAACAGGUAUGGUGACGAUAGCUGCAAGGCACGCCUCACAGUGGUUCCUCGUCCUGCACCUGCAGAUAAUACCUUGAGACCCAUGUUCAAGCGUCUGCUGGCAAACUUGGAGUGUAGAGAGGGCCAGAGUGCACGAUUUGAGAUAAGAGUCUCAGGAACACCAACACUUAAAUGGGAGAAGGAUGGCACACCUUUGGCAUUUGGUCCACAAAUUGAAGUUGUUCACGAAGGUUUGGACUACUUUGUCUUACACAUCAGAGACACUCUUCCAGAGGAUUCUGGCACAUACAGGGUCACCGCAACCAAUAAAGCUGGAUCUGCCAGCUGCCAAGCUAUGCUUAGGGUUGAACGUGUAACACACGUCAAGAAAGACUUUGAGAGUGAGGAGGAGAAGAAGAAAAAACAAGCUCUUGACAAACAGCAGAUUGACAAGAAAGUACGAUUAACACAGAUACUUGCCGGAGCAGAUGUUACUCCGCUUACUCCAGUAGCACAACAGGCACUAAGAGAGGCUGCAACUAUGUUCAAGCCAGCUGUAUCCACCAAGAAAGUAAAGAGUGAAGCUGAAGAAGCAAAGGAAAAAGAAGAGAGGAAGAAGAGGGCAGAGGAGAAGAGGUUGAGGAUGCCAUAUAUUGUGCCUUCACCUCGUGUCCGUGCUCCUACUGCUCUUGAGGAAGACAAAGAGAUCAAGCACUUCAAACCAUUUUCAGACAUGAGGUGGUACAAGAAACUACGAGACCAGUAUGAGUUCCCUGAACCAAUGGACAAGAUUCCUCAGAAGAGACUUAAACGUAUCCGGCUGUCUAGAUGGGAACAAUUCUAUGAAGUGCCCCUGCCAAGAAUUAAAGACCAAUACAAACCAAAAUGGCAUAUCCCAUCAGUUUCACAAGAUGACUUGGAAACCGUAAGACCAGCAAGACACCGUACACCUUCCCCAGAAAUGGGCGACUAUUACAGAAUAAGAAGACGCUCACUUGGAGAUCUUUCAGAUGAAGAGCUGCUUCUUCCUGUAAGAGAAUAUCUGUCCCUGAAGGAAACAGAAGAGGAAAGACUUAAACUUGAGGAGGAACUUAGACUAGGCUACUCUGCUUCCCCACCAAGUCUAAGCCCUGUCCGUUUUGAACUCUCUGCCUUGCGACAACCUUCACCAAAAAGAAUUACAUAUGAUGAGGAGGAAGAAGAGGAGGAAGUUCGAACAUAUGACUCCUAUCGUAUUCCCUCAAAGUAUGAGGCUGGCCCAAGCUACAUUGAUCUGCGGCAAAGACAUGAUAGGGCAACGUAUAGACCUCCUAAGCAGAAGCAAAGGCUUUAUGAAGAAAAGGAAGAUCUAGAGCUGCUUAGACCAGCUACUACUACUACAAGAAUCACUUCCUACAAGAGUCAGCUGAAACAUAUUGAGUUUGAGGAGAAAACAAAAACCUCAAGGAAAAAGAAAACUAAAGUUUCUGUAUCUGCAGUGGCUGAGGGAGCUGUGGUUGACCUAACUGAUGUAUCAGUGACAUCAUUUUCACCCACUUAUAUUAAAUCAACACGUGCCAAGUCCGAGAAGACAACUGCAGUAAUUGAGGCUAAAGUAGCAAAAGAGGCAACAACAGAACUAACUCAAACUUCUCUCCUAAGCACUACCUCAAGUGAGAAAGUGACUUCUACACAAGAUCUGUCCGUAAAAAUUGAUUACAUGCAACGCUAUGAGUCAAUGAAGAAAGCUCUAAAAACUGAGAAAAAGUUUGAAACGGUGUCUCAGCAGCCAUUUAGUCUUGACCAUUCACCAAGGGUGACCGUGAGAAUGCGCUCUCACCGCGUGCCAGUAGGUCAAAAUACAAAAUUCACAUUGAAUGUCCAAUCUAAGCCAGAGGCACAGAUUCAGUGGUAUCACAACGGACAGCCCAUUCAAGAAAGCCUGAAGUAUCAUAUGUAUAACAUGAGUGGGGUUCUUUCUCUCCAAAUAAUUAACUGUCAGGAAGAGGACAGCGGCACUUAUCGUGUUGUCUGCACAAACACCAAGGGAGAAGCCUCGGACUAUGCCACUCUUGAUGUAUCUGGAGGUGGAUUUUCUGCAUAUGCUUCUGAGCGUAAAGAUGAAGAGCCUCCAACACCGUUUGUACCUGAGAUGACAAAAACAGAUGUUUAUCAUGUGUCAUCAGCAAAGGCAUCAUCUACUUCUGAAACACGCUCAGCGGCAGUAACUGAAAUAAAAGCAACUGAAGUAAAAAUGGAGACAACAACAAAAAGUGUUGUGCAUGAAGAGUUCCAUCAUGAAGAAUCCUCUGAGAUACUUCAAAGCGUGGAAGUGAAAAAAGUAAUAAAAGCAUCAGUAAAGACCGCUGCAGUGGAGCCAAAAAAGCCAACCCUUUCUGCUAAAAUCCUUACAAAGCCAUUGUCACUGACAGUUUCUGAGGGAGACUCAGCUAAAUUUACGUGUGAAGUGGAUGGAGAACCUGCACCCAGUGUAACGUGGUUAAGAGAGGGACAAGCCAUUGUAACAUCUCAUCGUCAUCUCAUAACAACAACAGAGUACAAGUCUACGUUUGAGAUCUCCCAAGUUGAAAUCUCAGAUGAAGGUAAUUACAAAGUGAUUGUGGAAAACUCUGAGGGCACCCAAGAAGCCGAGUUUACCUUGACUGUUCGCAAACCAACACCUGUGCAGAAGGUUAUUGCUUCUCCUCCAAGAGUGAAGUCCCCAGAGUCUCCUCGUAUAAAAUCACCCACGGGAAUCAAAUCCCCACCCAGAAUUAAGUCACCUGAGCCAAUAAGAUCACCACAGAGGGUUAAGUCUCCACUCACAGCAAAGUCACCAACUCCAAAAGAGAAAACCACCAAGCCUACCUUCUCAGCAGGACUGAGUGACAUCACGGCUGAAUCAGAAACAAUUAUUAAGCUGUCAGUGAAGAUCAUGGGUGAACCCAAACCAGAGCUGUCCUGGAUGAAAGAUGGAAAGAGUGUAUCCCAAGGUGGCAAAUAUGAAAUAUUCGAGGAACAUGGAUCUGCACAUCUUGAAAUCUAUGAUGCUGAUGUCUCUGAUAGUGGCAUUUAUAAAUGUACAGCAAAAAACAGUGUUGGAUCAGUCACUACGAGUUGCACAGUCACUAUUAAAGAAUCAACUAAAUAUGUUGCUUUGGACACAAAAACAAAGCUAACAGAACAGGCUGUGAAAAAGGAGAUUGUUCAUGAAGAAUUCCAGACCUUCACAGAACAUAAAGCAUCACAGGUCCAGAUGACAAUGACGGAGGGUCAGUCAGUCACACUGAAAGCGAAUAUCCCUGGGGCUUCUGAUGUGAAAUGGAUUUUAAACGGAGCAGAACUGAUGAAUUCUGAAGACCACAGAUACGGUAUUUCUGGCAGUUACCACACUUUGAACAUCAAGAGUGUCAGCUCCUAUGAUAGAGGAGUGAUCACGUGUGAGGCACAAACUGCACAGGGAUUGGUCAAGUGCCAGUUUAACACAAUGAUCAGUGAAAAAGUCUCAGAUGCACCAACCUUCCUAAUGCAGCCGCGCUCCCAGAAUGUGAACGAGGGACAGGAUGUAUCAUUCUCGUGUGAAGUAGUGGGUGAACCUACUCCUCAAAUUGAAUGGCUCAAGGACAAUUCAGUGUUAUCUGUGACCUCAAAUAUGAAACUAAGCCGCUCCAAGAACGUGUACAAAUUAGAGAUUCAGAACGCCACAGUUGAGAACAGCGGCAAAUACACAGUUAAGGCCAAGAAUCAGUUUGGACAAUGUUCUGCAACAGCAUCUCUUAAUGUUCUAUCUCUGGUUGAAGAACCUGCCAAAAUGGUAGUAUUGAAGAAAAGUUCCGAUGUUACAAGCAUGCAGGGCAGUUAUUCUGCCAUGCAAAUGGCUUCAAAGAUGCAAGAGUCAACGUUCAGCAGCUCCAGCAUGUCUCAGAUUAAAUUUCAAAGCAUGUCAGCAGCUAGCAUGUCCUCCAUGACAUCCGAAAGUAUGGUAGCCAUGGAUUCAAGCAGCAUGAUGGAAAUGUCUAGUCACUCACAUGUCUCUGGGUCUUCCCUGAGAUCCAUUGCUUAUGGGAUAAAAGGUGAUAAAAAAGGUACACCUCCUAAAAUUGAAGCUGCCCCUGAAGACAUCAGUAUUGAGUCGGGAAAGGUUCUGACAGUGGCCUGUGCCUUCACUGGAGACCCGGUGCCGAAUGUUGAGUGGUCCCAUUCAGGAAGAAUGCUAUCAAGAGAAGAGAGUCAAAGGUUCCAGAUCAAGAAUACUGAGGACACCACUACACUUACAAUUAGUGGCGUAAAAGAAAAUGACGCUGGGGCGUACACCCUCAAACUUUCGAACGAGCUUGGUUCUGAUACUGCGACUGUCAAUGUUAGCAUUCGAUCUAUGUAAAAAAAAAAUUUACACAUACGAAUAUUAAUCCAGCCCAAACCCCUUUUCCUUCUUUCAAUAUAUUUUUAUUUAUUGAAUAAGUAAGAAGAAUACUGUUCUAAAUAAAGACCUGGAUCUCUGUUCUUGUAAAUAUGAACUAUUUUUAUACCAAACUUGACAAUAAUUUAUGCCAAACUAGACUAAAGUCUAAAGUUGUUAUAAAAUGUGCCAUAUUGGAUAAUUAUGACUAAGAUUUUUUAAACCAUUUUUCUGUGACGUGUACAUAAUGUAUAUAGCCGAACUGAACGGUUAUGGAAUAUGUAUGAAUUGUUAUUUAUGACAAUAAUAACUGAAACAAAUGGAACGAAAUGUUGAACAGGAGAAAGUUCCUGAUGGAACGAAUACCCUGUUCAACCUGGAACUAAAUUAUGUGCCUCAACUCAAUGUUGAAGUCUUAAGAUUGCCUCAGCAGGUAGAGAGGCUCCCUGUUGAAGUUCUUCUAAAUCUAAAAGACAAAAGUUAUGCACUGUACAUCUGUGCAUGCAGAAUUUUAAAUCUCAUAAAUAUGAAUGUAUAACUUGACCAUAAGACCUUGAAUGCUGUUUGCAUCUUACCCUCAUGUAAGCAGGAUGACUAGGUCUUGUGUUCAGACUGACUUUGUCAUUCUACCAUUUUAAUGACAUGCUCAAAGUGCAAGCGGCCUGCACAUUGGGCUGAUGAUGAUGUUAUGUGCACACGUUCUGGCAAGUGACUGUUUGAAUUUGAUUUUAUGAUAGUAACAUCACCUGGCCAAAAAUGACAUCGGUUCAAAUACUCAUUUGCCGAACUUGUGCCACCUCUUGGAGGAUCGCUAGGUUAUAUUUUGUGUGUUUUUGUGUUAGUGUGUGUGUUAGCUUUAGAAUCUCACCUUGUCAGGGUAAUUAAAGAGAACUUUGCCACGGUAUCUUCAUCAACUGUGCAAAGAAAACAAUACUGCAAUACCCUGCUCUUAGAUUCAAUAGCAAUUAAUUUAUGUAGCAUUAUCUAUAUAUUCAACCUCCUUGAGUUUUAUGGAUUUCUGGUUUAAUAAAGCAUGAUUUCAGCACCAUGAAA